AUGUACUCCAGUGCUGUUCGGCCAUUCACUCCCUACAACGGCAGUCCCCAUGCCCCAAGUCAGAAUGGUUACGGAUGGUCCGAGAACAACCGGGGUCUUGGGUCAACUUUCGAAUCUUCAGCCCGACAACCGAACGAAGUCGUCAGAAGCCCCACGGUCGCCUUCCGAAGCUCCGGGUGCGGAAAUGUGCAGUCCGCCAGUGCGAUGCGUACCGCCUACACUAACCGUCUGAGUACCACCAGCAUCUGGGAUCGUGCCCUUCCAAAGACGCCGACGAAACACGUUCGCUAUGAUCCCCGGCCACCGCCAAGGUACGAGGACAGAACUUGGAUGGAAGAGGUGGAUAAACUUGAGCAAAUUAACCAUUCGCCAAGUUCUUCAGAACAGAGCUCCCUUCGGCAGCUUGUGCGGUGCUCAGACACCUCACUUACCGACUACACUUCUCCUGCAUCCUCCGUUCACCUUAAAGAAGGCUGGCCCGAGGAUGUGCGCAAUGUCUCCCCGCAUAUACAACAGGACUCGCCUCAACAGUACCUCCAACAAGCAAGGUACUUGAGACCUCGGUGACUAGGCCUUUUUAUGUCCGGAGGAUAGUUGCAGGAUGACUAAUAGCAUAACCACUGGUUUCGUACAUUUUUAGGAAAAGAAGGGACAUACUGCAGUAUUCUUAUGUGGACUUUCGCUAUCUUUCAUAGCAUGAUAGUGAAUCUGGUGGUGUGGUUGAGAUGAACACUCAAAGUUUCUAAUGUUUCUCGACGUAGAUUACAGAGUGGAUACAAUGAUGGAAGAGGCCGUUAAGAUAAAUACUUCACUGAGAAGUUCUACAUAUUUUCUAUGCUAUAUCCUGCUAUUUUUUACCUUCGACUUAUUCCUGGCCAUUGCACUGUAAGCGUGUAAAGUUGUAAUCUCAGAAAUAUUUUAAUAUCAAAACCCUUCGUUACAAGUGACGAAAUUUCAUUUUCUACAAUAGUUCGAUUUAUAGGGUGUGAAGGGACAAGGCUAGCAUGUGCUAUUAACGUGAAUUCAGACUUUUUGCGACUGGACGGCAUCCCGAAUAUUGGCUGGCCACUUUCCUUGGAAUUUAGGUAUCAGUUUCUGCAAAUGUGAAGCGUUUGACAUUUAAUGUUGCGCGGACGUGGCCUUCACCGGACCGGUCUAAUUUCUGAAUUAAAUAAAGGUCGUUUUGUGCUGCGUCGGAUCUUCGACACAGAACAUUUGCAAGUGUUCGUUUACGUCAUCCCAAAUCUUAUUAACGUGGGGCCGGUGUGCGAUUGGUGAUGGGGCAAAUAAAACGCAGAAAGCUAUUCCGGUUUUGUUUGUCUGUGUCGGCCAAGCCUGCAGGGCUAAGCCUCGUUACGUAGGUUCAAAAACUUCAAAAAGCUGUACAAACUAGCUCCGCGUUGAAGUAGCCAACGAAUGUGGGCCAAAUAGACAAGAUACUAAAGAUUCGCACUGGUCAGGAUCCUAUGCGUUUAAAUGUUAUAUUACCCGUACUGUAGCACAGCCAAGACUUAUGCUGCAAACAUGCUUCUCAAGGAUCCUUCUUGAUUUAAAGCACCCAAAGUUGCGACUGACAUAUUUUGUCACCAAAAUGCAAUAACUGAUCUUCAGUAAUCAGAAUGAUCGACCAGGUUACGGGAUCUACCCAGUAACCUCUACAUCAGUAAUGGCUAUGCGACCGCAAUAGGACGAGCAUGCUCCGUGACCUGAUCGGUGAGCGCACCACUCAUAAUAAUUUUCAUUCUCGAUCAUAGCCGAGAAGACAACGGACCCGUUGUUAUAGCGCUAGAUUUGACGCUGAACGACCAAAGAUUCCGCGUAGGAGGGUGACGAAAUAGUUGACCGAAACAGUGAGCACACGAUCAGGGAAACGAUGACAACCUGCUGUUCGUCUCUGACAUUUGUCGAUCAGAGAUCCUGGAGAAACCUCUCUGGAGUCAUAGAGUUUAAAGCAGACGGCAAACGGACGUGCGGUGCAACAUAAGCGCCGACAGUGGGACCGCAGUGAGGGCCAGCGCAAAUGCUGGCGGUAAUUGCGCCGCGGCGACCGGCCGAUCCUAGACUACAGCUCCCGACCAGUAUUUCGUGCGGAAUCACAAAAGCUGUGGAAUACACUCUGACCGCUGGCAUAAGCAUCCGAAGUACUGUGAACGCUUUGUCACCCCAGCCUCCGACAAUGGGACUUGUUUAAUUCCUAACGGCUAGCGCAUCAACUGCACUGCCCAAGAUAUCCACGUCUCUAGUUGAUUUAUAUGUCAGGGUAAAUAGCAUAGAGGAGGGUGUCGAUGUCCGACAGUCACAGACAUACAUUUACAACGCUGAGGCUGUAAAAGCGAACAGUGAAUAAAUUGCUGGCUAAGCUGAAUUAGAAAGAUUGUCGGCAUUCAUCUUAAUCAGCAGUGACAUUUAAUAAAUUUAUACACAUGUCACUUCCACUCACUGUCUCUUAUGUUGUUUACUGGAGCUGACAUCUGCUGGGAUUUUGUCAGCCAUCUUUUAGGAAUCUAUCUUGAGCUUCUUAGUCAGUGCUUUUCCAAUAACCUCUUAAUUAAUUGAGGAUUUAGGACUUAUUCACGUCUCUUUGCUGAAUGAGUUACUGUAAACUGCCGCGAAAAUCGGGCCUACACAAGCAUAUAGAUUUGGCUUUGAAAACAAAAACGACAACUGGGAGGUUUGGCAAAAUCGCCAUAAAACGCUGUGCUUCAUUCCACCGACAUCCUCGAAAAUUAUUGUUCUUUUGUUCAUGCAAAUAAUCAUUCAUUCCAAUAAGCAAUCAGCAUCCUCCAUUCAUUGAAGGCUUUCGGUAUAAAUACUGGCCCGCAAAGCUUUUGAAUCAGUAAGUAUCCUUAUUCUAUAAGCUAGGACUUUGCUAGAGCUCUGUUUGCUAUUGCAAACAAAAAUACCAAUAAAACUGCCAUGUAAACCUAGGGGGCAAAUUUGGUCUCUGAAGUAAUUGAGGAAGUGAUUAAAAUUGAGUUGAUGACAGAUUUUUUUUCAACUUUAUUAGCGGUUAUCAGAAGAGAACGGACCGCUGCGACAACACAAAUUUCCGAAAGGCAAUACAGAGCAUGGUAAGUUGGCCUGAUUUUCACAAUACAGAUGCUUAUAAGGAGCAUAUACGCAUUGGAAAUUAGGUUAAAUCUUACUAGGGAAAUUCUCGCAGGUAAGUCAAAUAACCUUUUGCACAUUUUUGCCCGCAUCUCCCGGUCGUCCUUCAUGAAUAGUGAAAUUUCCCCAAAUUAUUCACUUCUGCUGAUAGCUAAAAGUUCAAGUCGAAUCUUUAACUGAGAGUCUUGACUUUCGUUUCCUCACAAUCGUUAUUACCUUUCCAUUGGCUGGUGUCUUGAGUUUUCCCAGUAAGAAUUUGGACGUAGAAUAUGCGCACAAAAAAGGCAAUACCCUUUUGAUUUUUUCUGGAAAGUAAGUUAACAUUGACCUGCCUUGGACGAUUGAAUUUUACGUAAAUACAGGGCUAAGUUGCAGUGUAACGAACUUUUAAUGUGUCAGUAAAUUCUUCCCUGUUGACCUGAAAUGAAUUUAGGGUGGACUGAGUGUUUUGAAGUUUUAGUUGAUAUCCUAUGAAUACAUUUGAACAGUAGCAUCUUGUCUGAUUUAACAGGCACCUAGGAAGACGUAUUAAUACCUUGGGGCGGAUUGUGAGUGAAAUAUUUUAUUGUAAGAUUCAGAUGAUACCAAAUGAAUGGGAAAGUCUACAUACCGACAGUUCGACAGCCGUGACCGACGAUAUCCACCGUAUGCUCCACAGCAGGGUGAGAGCAGGGACGGUAAAUUGCUCGGGAUUUCUGUCACGGUGAUAUUGUACUUGCGAUACGACUACCACACCCUCUCCUUUCUUAAAUGUCCCGGUGUCAAGACAGUCAAAAAUAACUGAAGCGGGAGAGGCCUGACAUGGCCAAAACCCGCAUCAAGGCGUACCACCACACCCGCUGGUCCGUAUGGACACAAUAUAACGGUCAUCUACUUUCUGCGGAAUCGCAUUUUCUUCGCUUCAUAGCUGUCUCAUAGAGGGGUAAUCGCCAAUUAUUAGUUUAAAUAAUGCCGUUUUAUUAGAGAGACCAUCAGUGAUAAAUUGUAAAUGAAGUUGUGACCUUUUUAACGGGUACUAUAUCUUAUGAAGGUAGCUAAAACAACACGUCUUCAGAUGUCGGCUCCACUAAAUGCAAGGGCUUACAAGGGACUUCUUUAAGCUAGCAAGUACUAAGGUUUGUGACAGAGAUAGUGUUCGAUUACUCUGUGGUACUUCACACUGAGGUUGAAUGUAGUAAUAAUCGGCAAAAGGGCUUUCGGAUGUAUGGCUUGACCGAAGCCUUGACCGGUGAAACUCUUUCUGAGAGGUUAAGAUAAAUGCCAUACAGGAACCACGUUUGACAUGUGCCUUCUUUGUGGACAUAAAGCUGCUCGCACUGCGCUCUCUGGAUGUGCCCUAAGAAGUUGUCCUUUCUAAAUAUAAUUGUUGGCACAUCGGCGUUCCGAUACUUCUUGUGUUUUAGUGGAUUUAUCGACGAUGCACAAGUUCCUUUUUAUUAUUCGCUAAACAAAAAAUGGCAUGCGUUUUUUCUAAUAAUUUAUCGAGAAUACUCGGGCUACAACCAAUUGGUUGGCGUAGUUCAGGAGUACAAAUCAUGAUUAUACAACUUAACUCCUCAAACGGGCUGAGUUGCUUUUACGGCGGACCAAUACGGGGUCAUAUCGGUUCGUGACAUGCUUUUGUCGGACCGUGCUGUGUCUGAGUGAACCUUUCACUUCGUCGCACAUCUGACGCACAUUAUGUGAGCGUCAAAGUUCCGUAUCAGACGACUGACUUGCUCGAACGGGGGACUGGCGCCUGGGACAGCGAGGAGUGAGAAUAACUCCGGCGACUCCGUUCUCACGGCACACAACGCAGUUUACUCACCAUAAACAAUCUGAGGUAAAUGCCGCGGCUUGGGAGGCUGCCAACUGACGGGAUAACUCGUUCAUCUCAGGAAGGAGAGUCGGACUGCAUUGGCUCUUUAAUGUGACCCCCCCCCCGACACUUCCACUCGGUUGGGAUCUGAGUCAGCUUGCUCUUUCGAUGAAAACCCGGUCCAUCGUUCGCGAAUCAAGAGUGUAUGGCACCCGUAGACGGGAUGGUGAGCGUUGUCAGCCACUGCACCCGAUUCCGCUGCCGUUCUUCCUGACCAUGCCUUAAGACUGCGCUAUAUGUUAUUAUUGGUGAGUAGAAGUGGAAAGAGAAUGAAGGUCCAUCCUGCGAAACGCUUUCUCAUGGCAAGGCACCCCAAUGUUCCGAACGAUAAACCUGGCAUGUCUAAAUCUACCAUGCGCGCUAGGUGCCUCGACCUGGAGAGCUUUUAGUUGAUGAGAUAACUCCGUCCCACUCAGGGCUGAGAAUCGUCUACAGUGGCAGUUUCUAAUUGUUGCCUUCAUGGCGCUCUCACUUACGAUGCACCUGAGACCCCCUUCAGGUUUAGGAGAUAGGUGUAUGUUCAGAGAUAGGGUUGUGCGCGUGGUACAGAUGGACGCAUCAUUUAACUUUUUCACCCACUACAAUCACGCCUUCUUUCCAUCGUUCUGGCUUUGCUUUACCAUCGGAAGGCGGUGGAUGUGGUAGGGGAGUGGUGGGGUCAUCGCAAGCCGGCGUCACUAUGAACAUAUUCACACGUUAGUCACGACUUUGCCCACUUCUUCGGGUAUUAACGGACCUAGUCGCCUGUGACGCUGUAACUGUCGGUUUUUUUGCCAAUGUUUUUCCUUUGUUUUAGGUAGUCCGUCGUCGGACUAAUUUGUUUAAACAGUGACAGGCAACGCGUGAAUGCUACUUCUCUUUUAGUCGGUGUACUGUAAAAUGGGCCACUUGUUAUUUCCAAGUCGGUGCGUUUAAGGGGUAGGAAAUCUGUCAGUUAGAAUUUCCAGGUGAAGGCCAAUUUGGUUCGGUAAAGAAAGGCACCGCAACUUUAUUCCUCUAUCUCAACCAACAAAGGCUUGCCGACAUGAACAUCAGAGUCUGCGGAUAUUGUUUUAUGUCAGAUAAGGACCUCAGUCAGGCACACGUUCGGGCGUUGAACCUGUGUUCACCUGGCAUUUUCUUCAUAAGGGUUUCAACAGAGAAAAAGGACAGAUUUUAAAAUAAGGGAAAAAUUUUGUGAAAACGUGCACACAUCGCCCACCCUUCUCACGUUUUCACGCGCAAGUCGUUGCUGCUGUUGACGUCGUCUCUUUUAGAUCUAGGUAAAUGAAUGGCAGACAAGGGGCAGGAUAAUGAUGAGAUGUUAGAUCGUAAACGAGUUUCUCUGACUUUUUUUAACUGUAUGACUACUGGGCACCCGAUGAGUCAUCGGAAAACUCAUUGGACUAGCGAAAUGCAGCUGGAUGAUCGCUCUAACUUAUCCUUCUCUGGGCGUACAGGAUCACUCUCUCGAAUGUCCUCGCAUGGGCACGAAGUUUGCCAGUUGAUAUUGACGGCCAAAAUCAGGGAAGCAAACCAAGCAACGUGCACAUUACUACGGUCGCCUGACCUUGCACAUGAGCACGAAAGACUGAUGAACUCAAAGAAGACAUUUUUCUUGAACUCCCAACAAACAGAACCCCUCUUAAGUAGAUAUCUCGACUUGCUCACAAUCUGCGGGAAUCAGGAAGGGCAAGAGAAUGAAAGACUGCAAAAGUUGCUCGUUGUCUGGUCGUUUCUCACUACGCUCACCUGUAAGUAGGUCUCGGUCACAUUUUUCAGGGGGGGGGGUAUUUAGAGUGACGAUCGCUAUUAUCAGACGUCUGGCUCUCGCUGAUCUCGUUCGCAAUGUUAGAAACCACGACACUAAUCUGUCUGCAUUAUUUAAGAAAAGUAUACCAGAUAAAACCUUGCCUUCAUUACUAAAGUACAUCCCACCAGGCAUAUCCCACAGUGACAACCUCGAGCACAUAACUUAUACAGACAAGCGUUCUUAAAUGAUCCUGUAUGAUGUUAAUUUAUCUAUCAGAAACACCAGGUACGCGAGCAGUCUACCAGCGUGUUAACUUUUUGCUUCUGGAAUUAAGUUUCGUUCACAUGAAACUGUGAACAAGUAAUCAGUCAUGAGGGCUUUUUAGUGAAAUAAAAGCAACUAAAUUCGACGCAUUUAAUAGGAAGAUACUUAUUCCGGAAGCUCUGCAUUUACAUUUUUCCAAACCUUUUCACCCAUACAAAUAUUUUAGUUGGCGUUUAGAAACAAAACCGUUAUUCUGCCUGACCUUUAUUGUGUGUAUGAAAUGAAAACCAUGGUCAUAACAGUAAGUGUCACUGUCCUUUUGAGAUUCAUUCUUGUCCGUUGCUGAGAAUUGCAGUAGUCUGUUGAGCAGCAAGAGUCGCUAUCAGAUGAGCAGAGCGGGUUAUCAUAACCCACGCACGAACGGGUGACGGUAUCCGCGUCCACUUUUUGAACCUACCAGGGAAAAGAUGUUGGCGGACGUAAUCGCUAAAUUUGCCUUAAUAAAGAUGCACAAUCCAACAUGGCCUGGUAUUUCUUGUCCUCCUCCUGAGGGGACAAAAAUGCAUAUGAAGUAUUCAAAAUUUGCCAAAAUAUCUAUGAAUUACGUGAGCCUAGUAGUCAUCUAGUGGAUUCUAGGUGAAUUACUUAGGAAAUCCUGUAUCAGAUGUGGUGGAUUCCAGACGUUGCAGUAGGUUCGGUGGGUAACUUGACUCAAAUGUGAUUAAACUCGCUUCGUCCGGCGGGGUCUCGUAGCUCAAGUGGUUAGAGCGUUGGCUGUAUUAAAGCUUUCCCUUUACUGCGUGGCUUCGAAUCCCACCGAUGCGGCGAGUUUUUCACAGUUGGGUCAAUAUGAAAAAUGCAUCGCUCUAGAAAUGUGUCCCUACAACGGACCACACGAUAGAUGUGCAACACCAAAACGCAGGCCUUAGUGAGGAUGUGCCCCCUAAACGAGUGUCAUGCAAAGGAUAUGGUGGAGCGCCAAGGUGCGGAUUUAUGUCACGCCAGCCACCUGCGUCCACUCCCGCUCCCGGUCUCCUUGACCAUGUUAUGACACUGAUUUGGUAGAUGCAGAGCAUGUCUAACAUCACUAUAAACUAAUUUACGCGUAAGGUACCGUUCCUGGCCCCAUCCAACUGUAGGGUAGCCAAUGAACAUCGUCGGAAUCGGCUAUGAAAUAACACCGCGCCACAAAAGAAUGAAAUUCCAUAUUAAGAAUGGCCUUUUGCUUUUCUUAUAGUCAGCAAUUAAGUAUGCUCCCGUAAUACCCUGUUUGUGAGGCAUAUUGUCUGUUUGUCGGUUACGUGACCUUUCUUAGGACCUCUUAUACAUGCUAUAUUUUGGUACUUCCUCAAGGUACGUUGAAGUCGGGAUUUAAAUGCAUUGACGUUCAUCAAAAUAGGGGGAUCUCAACUUCGUCGAACAGUUAAAACCCUAAGAGAUUUUCAAAAGGUUGAAAAACUAAUAACCCAGAAUACAGCUUUAUAUGUUACCGAUGGUUUUUCAUAUUGCUGGUUGUCUUCAUUAAUUUUCUAAUGAUUGUUUUCCAUAGGAUAUGUGUUUUUAUAGGCUAAUAAUACAGCCUUGAAUUAUCGUGGUUUUAAAACAAAAUCCAUGGAGUAGAUUAUGUUUAAAAUAUUAUCGCACCGAAAUAUUUACUGGGCUACGUGCGUCAAUUUGGGGAAAAUUCUAACAGCAUAGCUAUCAGAAAUCUCGAUAAGUCAUCUAGAAACACUGAAAUAAAGAGCUCGUUUUCGGUCGCAGUAUUUUUUUAAAAGUCAGUGACUUUUUGAUUGUGCGCCAUUAGAGACGCGAAAGAAGAAAAUAAAACAUCCAUGCAGAGUGACCUACCAUACAGUGCGUGCAGACUGCUGGUGAUUCCCGUCCAAGAUUAGUAUGUGGACACUUGUCACAGAUGUAGCAUAUUAUGCCCACUUCAAUUGAGUCCGUAUAAUCGUAUCCAGAAUCACCAUGGCCCUUGGUCCAAAUGGCGAACUCAUUCGAAUCUUCACAGCGUUCGUUGUCCGUUUGCGCGUCCAGCUUUUGUAGCAAUUUCAGAAAAUCCUCGAAUUCAUCGCCAUUACUCAGGCGUACUACGUGCGCAAGUACGCCGAUUAAGAUGACUAGGUUCAUAUUGUUGGAGUUGUCUGUCUAUUAAGGGAAUUCGCCAUGCAAGCACGCAGUUUAGCCUAGACCGGUCGAUAAGGCGUGGAAGUGUGUUAUUUAAAGCCGGCUAGUGCUUCACAGGGUGGUCCGUGAUUCUCUCUGACCACAAAGGCUUCCCGGGGUAGCCAAUAAAGUAGCAAAAAUAGUAUGGAAGAAAACUUGACUUUUACGUAAUUUUGACUAUUCUCCGGAGUGGACAGAAGAACUAGGGGAAACGUUGCAUGUAAUGAUAAAAAGGUAGUGUUCUGAGCCCAAAAACUCUAGAUUAGCAAACUGAACAUCGAGGACAGGACAAAGGGCCUGCCGGAAUUCUUGGAACUCAAUGAUCAAAGAGACCGGGUUCGCAUUCUAGGUCCUGCAUACUUGAGACUUGGUAAAGUUGACUGCCAACGGUUGACAUGUCAAAAAUUGCCGUUCCCGUCUGACUUGUUCUUGUCAGUACCCCUUCCAAUAAGAAUUUUGGAUAAUUAAGCAAGACGAAAUUACGUCUUCUAAGUUAAUGCAGUUACUAUACAAAAAUGAAAUUACCAAACUGAAACCUUUAAAUACAAGAUAAAAUGCCCCUACUUUUACGGUCUGUGUACUAGCGUGUGAUUUAGACGGCGGUUCUAGAAAAUUACACAUGAAUUGACACAGGUAAACUCCCUCAUAAACAUUAUUCUUUAUUUCCCUCCGAAUUUUCUCGUGGCAAAACACUAAGCCUAGGAAACUCCGUUAUUAAUACAUUUUACACUUCGGGUAUGCCUAUUAUGUGCCAAGUUCCCUGCCACCUUCUGAUUCCUUUCUUUCACCUCCUGAUUUCAUGGAAUUCACUUCGGACUGCGCGACCGGCACAUGUUCUAUUUUGUGAGGGUAGCUACUUCUGGCCGGCUGUGAUCUGGUGUGUCAGUAGCGGUCUUCUUUUUCAAUGACUGCACAGUCUUUCGAUGGAAAUACGGCUGUAGAGGGGCCUACAGAAAGUGGGGGCGCAAACAUGAUGGAUGAGAUGCAUCCAGACGAGGGAUAUCUGGGUGCUUUGGCAGUGGCUUACGUACGUACAGACAUCUGAUUUUUGCUUGGCCUCAUGCACUCCCAGCUCAGUUUUCAGACCUAUCACAUAUUAAUUGCAAACGCUUUGACGAAGUUGGCUGAAGACUCCCUACCAUCGGUUGGUUUAGUGAUCUAUUUAACCUGAAACCCCUCUCUCUUAGGCCUCUCCCCCUGUCUCGGCCCUUAAAAGAGGCCACUCGGCGGAUGUGUUGGACCAGCACAGAGACUAGAUCGCGGUCUGGCAGGCGUUGGUGCGAAUGCGCACCCAUAAGAAAUCCAAGUGGUGGCAGGUCUGGCGGCAGGCCCAGGUGCAGGCUCACGCCACGCUAGUUGGGAUUCAAGUCGCCUCCUCUUUUUUAUUGUUUGUGCAAAAUCUCGGUCAGUUGCAAGCUGUGGACCAGAUGUUGUGAUGGUACGCCUAGGUGCGAGUUUAUGCCGUUCCUGUCACCUGCACGCUCUCCCGCCUCCGGUCUUACUAAGCAUGUCAAGACAACGGGUCCGGGUGUGGGAGCAAAAGAGAGUGCAAUGGAUGCUGCGCAAGUCUAUCACCACUAAGAAAAGAAUCUACGUCCAAGUCACUUUGUCCGCUCUCACCCAGGUGUGAAGCACACGCUUGACAUCAUCGGUCUCAACGGUCGAACUAUCGUUGCGUGGCCUAUAAACGGGGACGAAUUCUUUCUUUAAAGAUGAAAAACUCGUUUAUGCAGUUUUUCACAAGGCGCCUUUACGUGUUCGCUUCUUUAACAGAUUCCAAUUAAGCAAUCAACAAAAAUGAGGCAAAGUACAUUUAGAUUGCCUCCGCUCGUGAAACUCAACAAGGGGUCAGCUUGGUCUCAAAUCGUUUUUUUAAAGUAUUUCAUACUUUAUUGCAGAUAUCAUAAAGAAGAUAGUGAUGCCAGUAAACUAUUGGUUAAAUAUAUAAAAUAAGAAAAGCGCGGAAGUCUGUGUCUUCGACGCACACGAUUUCUUCGAAAUCAGUUUUGCAGAUGCUACGCAGCCGAUGUUCAGAAAUGACUCAAUCUGGUUCGUUUAGUAUUCAUUUGAAGGGCGGUUUCGACCUUGGGGACAGUCUAUAGCAGUGGCAUUGGUCUUUGUCUAUCAGUCUGACGCUGAGGGACUUCUGUAGGCAGUUGAAAGUCGUCGCUUCUGUUAGCCGACGCACAGCCUUACUGCAAUGUACUGAGGAUUCAUUUUGAGUUUAGGCUGUGAGUAGCCAGGAAAGGUACAAGAGCUCCCGUAAAACGCACCUUUGUUGUUUGCGUGGCACAGCGCGCAACCUUUGCUGCAUUCGCCCGCAUGAUUACUGAGACAGUUGAAGCAUGGACUGUGGUGAAUUGGACAAAUUUGCAUACCUGACCCUAGUCUGGCAUGGACACAGGUCUUAACUACAUGUUACAGCGGCCUGUUGGUAGAUAACGCAGAUGUAAAGCAGCGGACUUUGCGAUUUUGGAGCCAGGUGCACCUAAACUGUCUUUCCGUAAUGGUCACUUUUGGAGAGCGAACAAACAUCUUGGGGCGAAGGCACACGACUAACUGUUAUUCGGGAAUCGAUCGUGAAGGAGCGCUGUGGUCAUUCGGUUUUUUUAAGUGCGACGGAGUCACAAGACGGUUUGUCUAGCGAUUCCUUGCAGCAAAAACUGAGGAUCUCGGCUGUGCUCUUUGUCUUUCGGCCUACUAGGACUUCUAAUUCACUGCUUGAUUUUCUGCUAACGUGAGCAUCAAAAAACUGAAGUUCCCUAACCCUUUUUAUCUACUGAGCGUUUGAUUUGGAAAAGACAAGACCUAGUAACUUAUGAAAACGUUUUUGUACAAUUUUUCGAAAGCUUUUGAGUAUCCCAUCAACAACCCGGUGUAGGAAAAACUUUUAGUUGCCCUAGAUUUCCGAUUUCUCGUCACCUGACGCGCGAGGUCCACAAUCUGUCAGAAGAUUUGAGAAUCCGUGAGAGUUCCCACCAUCAAUGCGUAGGCCUUACCAAAAACAGAUAAAUCGUCAAGCGCUGCGUAAUAAACUUUUUUAUUCCCCACAGAAGUAUUCUUUUCCCCUCUGAAAGUCGGAUCUAGAGCUCUUAUGAACAAGGUUACAUGGAUAGCAACAAAUAAGCCCCUAAUAUCUACAUGUUGGUCAUGAUUUUUGGAUGGAAAACACGAAGCUGAAUUAAUAAGCCAAUCAGCAACCUAACCAUCUAACCAAACUACAGACGGACCUCCAUCUUAAUUCAGUUAUCAGCCAGGUUAAGACGCUUGGUUCCUGUAUCAUCGGAGGCCUGUGAAGUACUACUAGCGAAGUGUCAGUGAGUUUCAUUGAUAGUCGCUCAGUUUCAGAAAAGAAGUUUUAGCCUUUGGCUUAAUUUAACACUUUGGUCAUUCAUUUAACCCAGUUGCGAAAAAUUCGGUGACCUCAGUGGGAUUCUAAGCGCCGACGGCAGAGGCAUAACUGUUGUUUUUCCCGUCUCUCUAACACUGAACUGAAGAAAAAUUUCGAACGUCAUAGUCUACCUGUUAUCUUUAAAAAAGUUUCUCUUUAAUUUUGAGCUUUCACAUCCUCAAGUGCUUUCCCAAACAAGAUACCUGCCUGCUGACCGGGUGAUCUGAAAGAACAAGCUGUUGUUUGCUAAUAUAUUGAUGGCAGACCUUAAACAGAACAUGCGAUUGUAAUGCGCAUUUACACUUUUCCAGACGAUGUGUAGGCAAGAACACUUGCCACGGGUCACCCGUUUUGCGCGUAUGUAAUUAUAUUAAGCAUCUUGACUGGAUUAAUAGCAUAGAUAGCAACUCAAUGUGACACGGAAAGAGUAUCCAGACCACACAAUUUUCACUAGUUGAUAACCUCAAGGUGACCUUAGGCACAUGCUAUUUACUGCAGCUAAACAACUCAGACUAACCGAACGUGUGCGAGAUGUUUAGGUUUACAGACGAAGACGAAUAUUUUCAGCCUUUUUUGAAGUUAACAGCGACUGCCCGUAGCUCCCAGAUUCUGUCCGCUCGUAAUACUUUGCAAGCUCGACCGUCAUGAACAAAGCUGCUCAUUGUUUGCCCCACAGCAUGGAUGGCACAGGACUCUGGUUGGCGCCCGACUUAGUUUAUAGUGAUAGCAGACUUUCGCUGUGCCUACUGCACUUCCUCGUCCCUAAUCUGCCUGCGUCCAAUGGCAAGAUGGAGUCUGAAUGACUGGAGAGGGGCCCAGAGGCAGUUGCCGACAAAGCUGAAUAGCCCGUUUACGGUUGCACACACGACCUAAGCCGGCAUUUCAUAGAAUAGAGGGACGGUUAGGUUCGCCGCUGAGUGAGGAUGCCAUAACGACCACACUCAGAAGGAAGAAUUGCAGCCUAACUCUCAGCCUGCCAGCCAGCCACUGCGCACAAAAAAUGAUGUAUAAGGUCUUUGGCGACACAUAUGCGACCCCCACUUAUCUGUCUUUAUUGUGGGACAAAGUACGGCCAACUAUGUAUUGCCUGGGAGUUUUGAUAUAAAAUCCGUGCUGACGAUCGACGAGUGGUACGGAGGGAGACAAGGAAGAUUGACAUGGUGGUAUCUGAAUAAUUCGUUCUCGCCAACCAAUAAUCAACGGCAAUACUGAUGAUACUAGUUUCAGUUAACAGACACUAACGGAAUAAAUAUAGAACUUGGAUUGAGCAGUGGAAAGGUCGUGGCAUAAGAGUAAAGGUUUAAAAAAAUGAGCUCACCGGAACGAGUUUAUUUAGGUACGAGCGUAUGAAGGGCUUGGCCGGCUCUCCGUUGUUAUAGCGUAACGUGCAUUUAAUCGACCAGAAAUUUCAAGUGCCAUGUCGGAAAUCAUCAAUUCGGAUCUCUCAACGUUCUCAGACUGAGUAUAGAUAUAGCCGGAUUUUGGAUGGCAAGAGUGCUCUUGAGCAUCGAGAUUAUCCGGAAGCGAAAAUCCGCAAUACAGAAAUGACGACAGCCCAGAACAAGGUUGUGCAACAUGCUCUGAAUGUAUAGAGUGAGUGAUAGCUCCUUUCAACAAAGAAUACUUUUGCAGUAUUGCACGCUUCUGGGCAACUUGUUGCAUAUACGUCAAGUCCAGUCCGGAAAGACCUGGGGCUUUUGAGCAGAAACCUAGAGCAAAAUGGGGUCAUCCGCAUAUGGUCCUUAACAACGGGCAGAUCGUGGAGGCCCAUUUUUAUACGCCUUUUAGUAUUCCUGACCAGAUUCCCCAGAACUCGAACCCCAGGCUGAAUGGCAGAGUGUUUGGCAUAAUGCCCAGUGACUAGUGAUUUCGACCUAGAGUCUGGAAUCUUGACGGCCUUACAGUGGAGUAUGGAAGGCAGAUGACAGCAAACACCACUGACAACUUUUCGUAAAUCUGCAUAGCUGUAUUCUGUCCGCGAAAUAGUCAUCUCAAUGGAGUUAGACUUUCGCUCCUACUUAACAGAAUUCCUCCGGACAUUAUUUUCUUAUCAAGACAGGUGGCUGAAUGACUUCAGAAAUUUUGCGGCAAGCAAAAUUGUCCCCUCCCUUUGAUAGCGCAGCCGUUUCGAUAGCGAUUGCUUUGUGACACAGAAAGCUAAGUAAUUUUAUCACGCCAGCCACAAAUAGCGCACGAUUCGUGGCUUAAAUCCUUUUUAUGGCAACUUAACUCGGAUUUUGUCCGCUGACGGAGGCACUUUGAUCUGCGUGAGCCAGUUAUUUUACAGACCUUUUAAAUUUUGACCCAUGCUGAAACAUUACCAGUCGAUUAAAAACAGUCGACUGGAGAUGUGCAACAAGGUUGUCUUGCCCAAAGAGCAGUCAUUAGGUGCGAGGUUGUCAUCUUGAGGAAUUUACCCCAGAUAAACUUCUUUGGCCUGGGACGCAUUGUCAGGUUAUUUCAUAUGCAGUAGCAUAAUGGCAUUGGGAUGGGUGUCUUUUCAGCCACCUGAAUAACGUAUAUUAGUCAAAACAGCAUUAGUUUUGUCUUAAUUUUUAGGUAACUCUUGAUGCUACAAACCUUAGACUUGUCACUUGGAGGAGACGCCAAACAGGCCGAUUCUUCGCUUACUACACAGAUAAUUAAAAAGCCCAUGUUUCCAGGCAGCUGUUUUUAUGUCAGGCAAGUUUUAUGCUAUUAGGAUUUCUGCGGCUAUGCAGGAUUAUUUGCGUGGUUCAUAGUAAUUAAGACGUUCUACGUCGCAUACCAAGAAUACUAUUUGAAUCGUCCCUUGAGCGAUGUUUACUGAGCAACCUUAGGCUUCUUCAUUUUAUUAUACGGAUGAUUGUAGCUCGAAAAAAUCACGUGACAUAUUGAUAUCAAACUUGAAGAGAGGGCGAAAGCACUGAUGUUUAGACUGCAAGGGAUAUAAUGUGGUUUAUAAACUGAAAUGCACACCGUUCCUGAAUAAGAGGUCGUAUGUAAUUGCAACGCAGGCUGCACUGCGGCAAGCCCGCUUAAAUAAACAAAUUAUGGUUCACAGGCUUCAUCCAUUUAUGUCGAGUUACAGGCAAGCAUAAAACCAUGCAGAUUUUAAAUUUCCAUCCAAAAAAUUCGUUCGGUUAUUAUCGAGCGUUCAAGUUUAGCAUAAAGUGUUCCUUUAUUAAGGAAAAGCCGUCAUAUUUUGCGAUAAUGGUGACAAACCCUGUUUAUUUGCGUUGAAUACCUCUAAGUUACCGAAGGUGCUGCUUAUUAAGCCCAUAUUUACGAAUGGCUAUAUACAUUUUUGACGAAAAAGCCACACGUGAAGCCUCAGAAACGCUGCCAGGCGUAUGCAGGCCUCCAUAUUUGGAGGCCCACACAGGUUUUCUUUCUAGCCGGACAAAGUAUCCCGUCAAAUUCGGUGCUGCUGUUUGUACCAAUAUGCCCUUUCAUUUUACAUCCGGACCCUUAUCAGAUUCUGCCAGAGGUCCAUGUCCCUACACACAUUUUCGCGUUAGCCUUAGCACUUACCCUUAAUUGGCACCCCUUUAUUCAUGGACCAGUGAAAAUUCGAAUAAUAUGUAAUAGAACCUUUCACGAAUGCAUACAGCGGACCAUUUUCAGGAAAGAACGACACGUGUUUAAUAAAGACAGGUGUAUACGUUGACUUAGUUGUUGACUGCUGAUGCGUCAAUGGACGGCGGAGGAUGGAACGGUUGUUGACAAAAACCAGCUUUAAAAAGGGCCUGCUAUUACGUCAAGUGAAUAAACAGUCACUGACCGGCCCUGGGCUGAGAAGUUGGGAUCUGAUGCAUCGACUGGUACAUAGAAUGCCGCAAAGACCGAGGACUACGCCAUUUUACAUAUUCCCUUGCAGCCUCAGUCUAGCACUCAGGACCCAGAAAACCAAGGAACUAGAGAAGACAGACUUAAAUAAACAAUCUGGGCAGCUGCUGCCUUACAGAGACUCAUCAAGGCAAUUCAUAAAAACUGUGACGAUCUGGAUCAAGCUUAAUAAAUUCAUGUCAAGCAGAAUAUUUUACGAAUUUGUCGUAGGACUUAACUGUGCUCUAGUUAAGUCAAAAUGCAACUAUUAACCGCGUAAUUUUGGCCUCAUUUCUCCUGCCAGGCUUUUGAUUGACCGAAAAGGCUUUUCGAGUGGGGGUCUACAUGCGUACCUCUACUCAGCAAACUGAUGCUAUACAUUGUAAAUGAAAUGCAACUUUGUGGAAUCUGCCCAGUAAGGCCUGACCAGUUGGACCCAAAAGACGUAUUUAUAAUUCAUGCGCGAAGCAGAACCAAACAAGGUAAUAUGAUUGAGGAUGUGGAUAUAGUUCUUAUUAAUUCAACAGGAGGCCAGUAGUGGUACGACGCAUUCUACUUAUACAAAUUUUACCAUGUAUAAACAGACUCCUUUCCAGGACAUUUCAGGCUACUUUAUGCUGUCCACUGAGAUACGCUAAUUAAAACGGAAAUUUUAUACGGAGCAAGACAAUGACCUGUGGCGCUCACCACAGUGUAUCAUUACGGCCGUAACAGUGCGAACGACAAGAACAGUGCGGACAGUGCAAACUCCAGAUGUGAGUUAAAGUCUGGCAUUAUUUUUGCUUAAAGGGUGGAGAAAGACUGAGAUGUCGAGUUUUGGAUUCCUUGAAAGCACAUUUUAGGCGAAAACUUCACUGGAAAUACUAUCACACUGCCAUGUCAAAAAGAGUUUCGUGCUCCAAAUCGUCAAUGCUUAUAACUGUGUACCGAGUCCCCAUGCGUCCGGCAAACCCGGGUCCACUGUGUGUGAACCGGGCCUGUGUGACACGCGAGAAGACGGGCUGUCAGCCACUGCGCCUAAUUCCGCCUCUGUUCGGCUUGACUCCGUUUCAACUGUGGGAUCAGGUGGGCGUGGGAGGAGGAGAAGAUGCGGCCGAUGUUCAGCUAGUCUACUAUCACUAUAAACCACUUCACGCACAAGUUACCGUUCCUGUGCCCGCCAUACUGCGGGGCCCACGAUGGAACUGGUCGUUCGCGACAGUCGAAUUGCCAUAAAAAGUGAAGGUACCGAGUGAACUAAUUCAUUGUUUUGUUGUGUGUUAAGCCUGUUAGCCUGGUCGCAGUCUAAAACUAUGUUAAACCAAGUGACGAAUCUAUAAAACAAAGUCUACAUAAAAGGCCUCUUGUUAACUUGGUAUUUUUUCACUUUCAGUUUAUUUGAGGGAAACAUAGGUGUUGAACGUUUGAACUCCCUGUUUGUUACAAGGAAGCGAAUUAUAUCAAAAAUUUGAAAAUGGGAACGUCAAACAGCUACAGAAGUUUUUUAGAUUGGUAAAGUUUUUGAAACCAGACAGAUAAACGAAUUUUUCCAAGUGUUAGAAACGUCAAAAUUACUAAAUGUGCUGUACAGUAGUCAGCCUACAGAUAAUUGUUACGAUCUCAGUUUCUGAGGGGGCGAAUUGAAUGCCAACACUCACAUUCAAUGACUUGGGAGAAAAAAAACAAAGGUUACUGAAAUACAGGCAGUAAUAUAAUAACAUUAAUAUAUUGUUCGAACGAAACGAUAAGACGAUAUCGAUCAGAUGACAUUAUGAUGUUUUGUGGUACACUGGUCCAACUUACGCUAAAAGGCCUCGACGGAGAUGGACAUUACGACAUCCGCAAGCAGAGCAUUCCAAGCCCCGAUGACCUCGGAGGUUCGUUGUGGUUGCUAACUCAAAGAAAUCAGCAGGUUAGAGACAGCAGUCCUGGCCGCGCAUUAUACGAAAUGUUUGUAUACGGUCGCCUCUUCGCUGUCUGCACCUUAAUGGAAAAAGGCCGAGAUUGGAUAGUCGUUUUUCUUAGCGUAAUGAACCCUGGCUACUAACGAGUUUGGUUGCUCGCAUUUGAACUUUCUCAAGGAUGCUGAGAUCCUUAGAGGUCCAGGAUUUCCACGCUUGAAUAUCGAGCUCCAAAUGUGUCCGCACAAAUUUCCGAAAGACUUUAACGAAGCAGUCCUCAUCGAAGGUAGAGAAAGCUCUCUUGACAAGACAAAGGACUGCCAUCGCGGAGCGGUGGAGGAACGGUUUUAGAGAAGCCGUUACCCAUACACCCAGGUCGUUCUGGGCGUCUACCUCCUGCAAUGGUAUGUCAUUUAGGUGGAAAACCCUCCAGCUCGGAGAUCGGGUCCCACUGACUCGCAAAAUAUUGCACUUAGUCACAGUUAGCGGCUAAAGUCGGUCCUGUGACCAUUUCUCAUGUCUGCCUGCAAGCGCCCUUUGUAAAGUUCAGUUCGGACGACGCUCCAAAGUUUAACAUCAUCAGCGAACAUGGCGGCAUCACAAUUCACUGACGCAGUCGUUGACGUAUAUAAUUAAUAGGGUAAGGCCAAGAACGGAGACUUAAGGAACAUCGCCUUCAACCGUUACCUCCGCCGACUGCCUGUCACCGACGUAGACAAUUUGAGAGCGACGGAUCAAGAAGUUUUGGAUCCACCUCAGGAGAUUACUCCUAAUGCCUGUUCGGCUUAAUUUGUACAGCAGACAAUAAUGUGGUACACUUUCUCAAAAUCAACGUAGACUGCGUUCUCUGCAUUGCCCUGGUCCAACGAUAUAAACAAUAAAGUAGGUUUGUCACGCAUGAUCUGCCCCUACGAAAUCCGUGCUGGGCAUCGCAUAACAGUAUACUCUUCUAGGAGGUGCAGUUUUCUUGCUUAAUUAUUUUUUCCAUAAUUUUGCAGCAAAUUAAAGUAAGGCUGAUUGGUCUGUAGCUGUUUGCUAAGACCUUGCUUCCGCCUUUAUAAACUGGCGUGAUCCGUGCAGGUUUCCAAUCGGCGGGCAAAUAGCCUGCUUCGAUCGAAGCUUGGAAGGGCAUGGACAGCGAUUUAGAUAGUUCUCCAGCGAGCUCCUUCAACAAUUUGGGCGGUAUGUCAUCCGGCCCAGGUAAUUUAGACUCAUUCAGCGUCAACAGUUCUUUGCGAACAAUAGCUUCGACGAAAGAGCCAAACCCAAUCGUUGGCCCGCCCAGUAUGUCGCAAUCGGGAGGACGAAAUGCGCUUUCCUUCAUAAUGAUGGACUUAAAAAAUUGCGAAAGGGGCUCUGCCUUUUCACCGUCUUCACUGAGUUCAAGGUCGUCACUAGCUUUCAAUAAUGGGAUUAGGUCUUUGUUUCGUGUGCUUUUUCUUAUAUAACCAUAGAAUAACUUCGGAUUUUCUGCGGCCCGAUUCAGUAGGUUUUUCUCGAAUGUACGCCGCGUCCCGAGGAUUAGCCUCUUAACUAGGUUCUUCUAUGUCUUGUCCGCAUUUCUCGACACAGAGUUCCCAUCCGAGAGGAAUUUACUCCAUAACCUCCGCUUUUUAUUCACUUCUUUUUGAAACUUGUGUUAGCCACGGGGGUCUGCUGUUCAGUUUCCUCUGGGAAGUAAGAAGAACGUGCUAUAACUCACUAAAUCUGUCCCAAUCCUUGAUUAUGUGACCAGAAAAAGCUGAUUCCGAAUUUAUGAUGUUAAGUCUAACUUUCAUAUGGACACAGUCACGGCACCAAAUGUUCCUUCUAACCCUGGUGGGUUGUUCGGUCAGAGAAAAAAUGGAGUGCUCCCACAAAAGUACGACGUGGUCGCUUCGACCUAGGGAAGGUAGACAUUGCACCUCAUCAAUGUUGUCCAGUGACUUCGUAAGGAGCAGAUUCAGACAGUGUGACUGUUGCCCUUCGCGCACCCUCGUCGGAAAAGAGAAGUUCUGAGUGAGAAAUAACCUGAGCGUCAUGUCCAGCAAACGUCGGUCGAAAGCAUGGUCUGAACCAGAUGCAUAAGCUGAACUCCGGUUGAUAAGAGGUGCAUUGAAGUCCCCAUGAUUAAGACUUCGGACCGGGUGGAGAAUCUCUCCAGUUCCCCAAUUAGACGGGCGUCCGCCGUAGGAUCAUUUCUCGGCGGUCGGUAGACCGUCAGGACGUCAAGGCUCAGUGAACCCCGUAAUUUUAUAGUUAGCCUAAUUGCCUCAGAAGUACACGUAAGUUUAUCUGAUUUGUCUGAGACUAUAAGCCCGUGUUCUACGUACGUGAGUACGCCUCCGUCCUGACGUCCUGGCCUGUCUCUUCUAAACAGCUGGUAUCCUGUUAUAGUUAACUCACGGUUGUCCACCUGCUGAUUCAACUAUGUUUCUGCAAGAUUAUAUUCUGGAAUAGAUCAGAUAGAUGGAUCUUUAGCUCGUCGACUUUCGAUAACAUGCUCUGCAUAUUUUUAUAUAGAAAUUUUAGUUUGACAUUUAUGGCUGUCAGCGGAGUAGUUUCGAUGCGUCUAGGACUUGCGCCUACUAUGUCAGCUGCGCAGUGAUCCGGAUCAAGUCUGUCCAAAGAAAGAAUGGUGGGAGCUGUCUGAUUUGGUUGUUGUAGAUAAUCAAAUUCUGUUCUCCUUUGCUGAGUCUCUUCCUCAGCUCUAGAACUAGAAGACGACGUUUCAGCCUCUAUGCUGGCGAGUAAUCUGGUUGAAAAAACGCCGGAGUUGAUGCCUUUUAUUCUAAAGCGCCGUGAGAGAAUCAAUCCAGUUUGGUCCUUACAAGCCAGCACAACUUUGAGAGGUCGGGAGCGUGUUGGUGCUGGCAGAUUGUUUGUCCGUUUUCGGAGACGGAAGGCUUUGAGUACUUCAAAUGCCCCAGUGGGUUCCAGGAUAUUAUUAAGCAAGCCUUGGAAAAGCCUCAGAUCUUCCUGAACCCGCUCUUUAGAAGUGUUGGCAUCUGAUUCGGGGGGUCCCUUGAAUAACGAGACAUUGGCCUCUGACAAUAUCGUUCGCAUAUUUUGUUGAUGUAUUUCUCUUUGGAGGGUGUGGUACUCAACAGGUAUUAGAUGGCGAUGGCGGAACACAUUCUCUAUCGUGGUUUUGAUGAUCGACGCCAGUUUUGACUGACUUGGAGGAGGUCGUUGACACGGAUGUUAGUGAAUGAUGGUCUGCAGACUCGGUAAUUGCCUCAAUACCACUACUUGUGCUGGGCCCAUCCAAUCCAAGAGUUUUCUGGCCGUUGCGAACUGUUUUUGGUCUUUCGGCAUAAACCGUUGCAGACGGGACUGUUGACGAGGUUUCUGGUUCGGGUGCUCUGGCGGAUAUCACUUAGAAGCGGCUGUUCAUUUUCGUUCACUUUUUACCAACAGAUUUCUUCUUUCUUUUCUGAUUUCCUCAUUGACUGCUGUCAAUUUUAUUUUUCGCUUUUCGUUCCUGGGCAGUCGUAUCGGUCACAGAAGGUUUUUCUGAAGAGCCUUUUAAGUGAGGUACUUUUGCUUUACUCUUUGUUAUUCUCCCAAUGGGGACAUUUGUAUCGUCAGGUGUGUCUAAAUCAUAUUGUAGAAAAGCCUUUACCCGUUCAGUCUCUUUCUCGAGAUCGUUGACCCUGAGGGAUAACAGCUGGCAUCUACCACAUGUCCUAUUUGCGUGUGGCUCGCCUGUACAAUCCAUAUAAUUUUGUAGGAGGCCUGGCAACCGCACUGAGGUGGCCGAGUGGUCUGGGCUGUCGAGCGACUUUUAGAGGGUCGCGUGAUCGACUCCGCAUGUGGACGGCAGAUUUUGGGCAGCAGCGCACAUUUUCUUGGUGCUUUCUUAAACUAUGUAAAAAUUUAGUAAAAUCUAUUUUAUUACGCAAGGGCUUUUACCAAAUGAUAUUCAAGCACUGAAACCGGACUACCUGCAUAUAUCUCGAAAGGAGUAAACUUGAGUUAAACAAACGCAUUAAUUUUUCGAAGGUAAUUAUAACACCUGGAUUUAAACAGAAUGCUACAACUGUGACCAUCCGUUCUGUUAAAAAUAACGCUGAGCACUGUAAUAGGCGCACUAUGACGCAUGCUUUAUGGUAAUCUCGUCGACAGGGUAACUAUGCUGAUCUAUCUUCGAUCAGCCGGUUCGAGUUGACUGGAUUGUAAUUAAAAUUCAGUUUAUUGAUGUAGAUGAUUGAUUGGUGCUCCAAUAUAUUGGUUAGCCACUUUAUGUAUGUCUAAUCAAUAAGAAGGAAGAAAGAUCGCACAAACAAGAAUUUAAUGCUCCUGAACUUCGACUCUGUUCUUGAAAACAUCAGAAAGAGCAAAAGAUAGGGGUAUUGGUUGUACGAGGGUUUGUAGUAUUUGUAGUACACAGUUACCGUAUGCAACCACAUACCCGUUACAAUAAACAGUUACGACAUUCAUCAAGGAUGGUCGCACUAGCGUACGCGUAUUCAUCUGGAACAGCAUACGAAAUCCCCAAACACUACGUAUUUCUCACUUACUUACUCAUAGUCGUUUAAGAAUACUUUGAACUUACCCCUUUCGCCGUGUUCGACACAGCACGACCCUGUAAGUGAUAUGAAAGUUUAAAUUUCGCGCUGGUAACCUCCCCGUUUCUACUCCGCAGUUCACGUGCUUCCCCGAAACCUGUUGGUUUGGAUAAUCGGAAGUGAGUAAAAAGCUUGCCUGACUUACAAUUGCAGCUGUCUUCUUUAACUACUUGAAAGUCGUCAGUAGAACAUGAACCGUCACCUAGAAUAUCUAUUGAGAACCGAAAAUGGCAAAUUAUUCCUAUAAAUUUAUUCACUGUCAAAUGACUCCACACUUUUGCCAGCAUAACCAUCAUCUGCUCAGACUGCUGCCUGACAAUCAAGCGUUAUUUAAGUUCUCGUUUCCUGCUGUUCUUCGUUAUCAGGGCUGCUGACAAAAGGACAUGAAAAUUGCCUAUUGUCAAUUCUGUUUACAUUCAGAUCUGUUUCAGCUACUGAUAUCUUCCUGUUUUCUGAAAUCUUCCACGAUCAUAUUCAUCAAAAACAGUUUUCAUGCGGCGUUGUUUUCUUCUUCUGUCAUCGCUGGAUUUUAAAUGUCCGUACAGUCUAACGGUCCCGUAAAUCGCUGCCACUUACGGAAAAAUUGUCUAACGCCCAGACAUUCUGAUGUUCAGUUAUUGGUGCGGAGGUUCUAGUGAGGAUUUCAAACUCACUAGCCGUCUCAAAGAUCUUAAUUCACGUUAGCUUGGCUGAUUUUGAAUCCCGGGAUCUGAUAGUUUUAGUUUAGAUAUUUUAUUAUUCGUUAACGGAAGUCAGUCCCCCCCCUAUCUCUCACUCCCCCCUUCUCUAUGUCGAACGGGCUAUCUGUUUGAAAGGACAGACUCUUCCCGUUGUUAUCUGCGACUCGACCUAGAGUCCUUCGGGCAGCCGCACAGCGACUAGUCGUAAAGACAGAAUAAUGUUAAUCAAAAAGGACAAGGGAGACUGCGAUGGUCGUUUUUCCGGCUUACUAGUCAUCAUCAGUCAACCCCAUCCAACCCCAGAUUUGACGAUACAAGAGGAAUGAACCCAAGUUUUUUUUAGUCAUUACGCACUAUUAAGUUCAGCGUCGUAACAGUGAGUCACGGGCUCACUGUCCUGUCAGAUGUAAUCGGAAACGCUGACCAUGUUGGAAGCGCGAGCAUCGAUCACGUUUCGGGACGCGCUUGUUGGGAGAUUCUGGGUUUGAAUCCCAGUUGCUCCAAACCUGGGUUCAGGUAUGGCCGGGUGAUGACAGCUAGUAAGCCAGAAAUGACAACCCCUGUCUUCAUUGUCUCUGCUGAUAAACCACAUUCUGUCUUUACGGCUAGUCACUGUGUGGCUCCAGAUCGAUCCACAAAACACAAUGGAGCGAUAAUGUUUCGUAGCCCGAUCGAUUAACGCAAUUCCAACAUCGUUAAUAUUUCCGAUCGUCCCUCACAGGACAGUGGGUCGGUGGCUCAGUGUUUGACUUUUGGACUAACCAGAAGAACGCGAGUUCACUACCCAUGCGUCACCAGACAUGGGGUUAGAUAAGGCUGACUCAAGACUGGCAGGAGCAACAAGUGCGCUAUUCUGAUGAUGAAAACGAGGAAGUUUCCGAAACGUCAGUUCAAAUACAAUAUGGUCCAUGAAUUGGCCUUCUCUUCUUCGAUCGGGGCCCGAUCGAAACCGACAGGGCAACGGGCUCGUGGCCUAGUGGUUGGAGGCUUGGAAUUCCAACAAGCAGGUCGCGAGCUCGAGCCUCGGUUGUUCCACACUUCGACGUUGGGUAUGACUGGCUGACGACGACUGAUAAGCCAGAAAUGGUCAUUCCAGUCUUCCUUGUCUUUGCCGGUAAUACCAUUCUGCCUAUAUAUAUAUGUAUAAAUUCACCCAGAAAUGGGCGAAAACCGAUCCACUGACUCCCCAGGGCAAACAAGAUUUCAAUGGAUGACUGGGUUCACGAACAGACAACCAUCUGUCAGGGCAAAUUUGGCCAAACUAAGAUAGAAGAGAGUAAACUGUAGAGUCUGGGAGUAGAUUGAUGCAGAGCUUGUUUGUCUUCGUUCAGUCAAUCGCAUUCCUGACUACCAGCUGGGACCGAAAGCACAAACAUGCACUCACACAACUGGCGCAGCUGGUGCAUCACUGAGGCCUACCAAAUGGGUCAUAAGCACUUCAUCAAACCGCAGUUCACUAGUGUUUCGUUACCUACCAUGCUCUAUCGUUGCAAAUCGGGUAUUUAUUCACUCAAGAUACAUAUAUUUAUGUUUAUUUGAAAUAAGGAAGAUUUUUUGGGAAUAAAAUGACCUCUGUUGCGUAAUUUUUCGAAAUUGAUUCCCAAACUCGUGGUCAGACUUCGAGGUUAUGUACAAAAACAGCUAACUACUUAACCGUGCCGAGCAAGUGAUUCUGGGGUUGGCCGAGGUCUGUGGGAAUGCUCGUCAUUUAUACUUUGUCAUCCCCUCGACAUAUGUAUUAGAAAAGUGACAACAAAGUUGCCCAUGAGGACAAAUGAGAGUGAUAUAACCGUUUCUGGCUUAUUUGUCCUCAUCAGCCAGCAAUGCCUAACUCCUGGUCUGCAGCACCCCAUAUCAAGGCGUAAUAAAAGUGCCUUCAGUAAGCCUUGGUUCGAAAAAUUUAAAAAUACAUUAAUUAAAUCAUACAGCUCAAUUUGUUCCAUGUGAACUAUCUGACAACAAACCUUUUUUAUGUGUUCCCUCCUUACAGCGGUCACAAGGAGCACAAGAAACCUCGGCAGGUAUCCUGGACUCACAGAGGAACAACAUUCAAAUUUUUCUGCGUAAUAACCAGAAUAACGGUAUCAACGAAGCUCUCCCAACGGUUAAUCUAGCUGAUAAAAUCUUGUCGCCAAAAGCCAUCAGCAGUCCAAUCAGCCUUCGGGCUAGCGUUGUUGGAGACCCUAUGCCUGCAAAACGCGUACUGGUUGAGAACUACUACACAGUUGAGGACUCUGCCCGAACGUCGGCACCCUGCCCCAUUGGCACAAAUAUGCUCGCCACGGAAAAGGUAAGUUAAGGCCAAUUCUUACUCCCAUUCCGAUGCACCAUUUGUUCCCUAUGGAAACUACCCCCUUCCUUGUCUUCAUUAUUAUUGGGGGGUUUCAAGGCGAUUAAAACUUAGGAAUUCAGUAGAAUCGAGGUUGUCUUGCGAUGGUUUUGGUAGUUUCUAAUUGAAAGAAUAUAGCUAUUUAAAAGUUUACAUUUGCCCACAAAGUGGCAAUAAUUAUGCGUAAACUGUCGAUUACGAUAAAUGUAUAGCACGAAAGGUUGAAAUCCCAUAGGUUAUUGGCUCUUACCUAUGUUUUUAUUUUCAGUCCACCAGUUGAACUCCUUUAUUUUGGAAACUUCUGAAUUCCUAGACUUAAGAAUAAACAGAUGCAUGUUAUCUACCCAGCAAUUUUGGCCCAUUAAAGGCUACGUUAUAUUAAAAUUCAAAGUAAGCUACAAGUCUUGUCGUAUCCAAGUAAAAUCGAAUAUGGUCGCAUUGAAAAACAAAAAUUAAAGAACCCAAAUUUUUUCGAAGUACAUAGGACGUCAUUUUGAGGUGAGAAAGGAAAAACAAACGACUCCGCUUUUGUCAUCGGAGGGAAGUCUUGGGUAACGGACAGCCAUCUCAAUGAAUAUUAUUCUGUCGUUGAUGCUGUCGUUGGCUCAAAUCAUACCAAGUCCGCCGAGUUGUUUACAAACGAAUCAGAAGAGGUACUCAAGUCUCCCGGAAAAACCAAUAAAUUAAUGGAGCCUGGCAGUCAUCUGGUGGAUUCCAGAUGGAUAGCUUAGGAAGUCAUGCUUGGGCAAUCAGCUUACUGUAUCAGAAUUGGUGGAUUCCAUAGGUUGCAGUAGGUUGGCUGCGUAGCGACCCAAAUGGGAUUUACCUCACGACUUGCGCUGAGGCUUCCUAACGCAGACAGCUAGGGCGUUAGCUGUACUCGAGCAAUACCCUUGAUGUUGUGGGCUUGAAUCUCACAAGGCUCACUGAGGUCUUUGCAAAUUCGUCAAAUAAAUAACUAAAUCCACAAAAAUCAAUAAACUAUCACUGCUUCAAACGAACCUAUUGGAAAGCAAGUUUUUUUUAUUUCUUUGUUUAUGAUGGGAAUUCUCUUUGGUCUUUAAAUCUUAGCCAAUAGUAUUUAAAUCAAGUAGGAUACUUUCAAUGGCAAGCAAUGAAAAAUCAGGAAAUAACACAAACAGGAGAGCUAUGGGCUUAGACAGAUCCUUCUUGGCACUGGCUGAUUUUCUGUCUGGUGCAGAUGAAAGGUUUGUCUUUCGUAGCUCAGUCAAAAGCUCAAGCAACUCCGAAUCAAGAGGAUGUGUGGUUGAGCUUGGUCUGGGAGCAAUUACCUUCUAUCUGGGUUUGUUUACCAUUCCCCAUAGUUUGUCAAGAGGAGUCUUUUACUUGCUAUACUUAUACUUAAACAUUAUGUCAACGACAGGGCGUUGACCUACCUAAUGCUUGAUGAUCAGAGAACGCGGGUUGGAUACUUACGUGCUUCAAAUCUGGGUUUGGGUCAUACUAGCUGGUAACUGCUAAUAAACCAGGAAUGAUCAUUUCAGUUUCAAGCUUUUUUUCGAUACUCAAUUUCGCAAAGGAGGACUUUUGUCAGUGAAAAGAUAUCUUAAAAAUGUCGUUUAAGUGGGUACCAAUGGUGGCCAUCGUCUACCACUUGCACCAUUAGCUAAUAUUCUACUUGUCUUCAUCUUGACAUCAGAACAAGAUCCCCACGAACUAGUACAUACUAAUCAAUAAGACAAACGAAAAGGGAUGUUUCGGCCUGAACGGCUAUUUAAGACUUACGUGCUUCUAUGAGUGGGUCACUAUGUGACCCUAGACACGGAAUAUCCAGGAUUAGUAACUAAAUCAAGGGCUUGUGAACCAGUCGAACAUUAACGUUAUAUUUCUGAAUACGGCCUAAUCGGCUAUUAGUGGCGAUCAAAAAUGUUCCAACUAACUCGGAAAUGGCAUCACAGGUCUUCAUUCACCGCGCGUUAAGGUUCACUUCGACAAAAUGUCAGCUGGUAGCAAAUCAAGUCUUCAUCAAACUUCAUACUUUAAGACGGCGUAUCGUUCGGUUCUAAAGAAUCUGCUUAAUUCCUGAAUAAUUUUAAACCCGACCUGUGGAUUCGCUUGUAUGCAGGGUUCGUAAAAUCUUGCAAUAUAUGUGGACUGUUGUAAGCUUUACAAGUAGCACUAAUAAAUGUACGGAUACGAUGCUUUAUGGGUAGAGAUUUCACGGCCUCAAGAAACUUCUCAGUUAGAAACACUUUCCUCUAGGAUAAACUUUUCAGAAUACGUAAUUUGCCAUCGGUUGAGCACAAGAAAAAUAUUAUUUUGCAUGUUUUUUGUUGAGUAUAGUUGAAUGUAUAUGGUCAUCAUAAGUCAAUGAGAAAAAUGCAUACUACGUAAGUAGCCAUUUUCUACAGAGCGCAUUUUCUCAAUGAGGCCAUAAAGGUGCCCGUUUAAAAGUCGGCAUUCUGAUUUGGCUGAAAUAUUUUGUCAUUAUGCUGCACGACAGUUAGCCGCACGAUCUUACUUAAGUAACUUUUCCAACUGAACACAGGUUUCAGAAAUUUGGUUAACCUUUUUAUGAGAUGUCAUAUCUACUGUACGUUUGGUGCACGUUGUUGAAUCAUCUGCUUAUUACCGGUUUUGUCAGUCCAUAAUAAGAUUAUGACCGGCUAGGGAUAAUUGUUUCGGACUCCCGGUGUUCGCCAGUGCAUCCAGUUCAUUCAAUUCUUGCUCCCUUGUAAUCUGAACUCUUUGUUGAGGCAUGCUAUGGAGAUGGGAUAAGUGGGCAACGAAAAAACCAUUUUUGCGUUCGACAGAUUUGAGUCGUCUGAUAUUCUUCUUCUGCACUCUCAGAACCAUGCCAAUUAGUUAUAUGAAUUAAUCACUAUGCCUUUCAGCCUGAAUUGCAAUUCGUGGCUACUUUAAAUUGAGUGACUUUUCUGGCAAGGGUCGGUUACGCCGUCCUUGUCCCAAAGGUAAGCACAAUGUGGAUAUUGAAAGUAAAGUAAGCGGCAGGAGGAUGCUGAAGUCUUUAGUUGGGAAGGUAGCCGCGGCUGAAACCGAAAAGCAACCUAAUAUAUGACAAAUCUGCCGCGAGAUUGAAGGAAGCCUAGAAUCACCGCAAAAGACUUGGCUGACAGGACACGCGGGACAACAAUAGCCCAAACCUAACGAUAAACUUAACCGUAAUCUCAAAAGUAAACCUAGUUCUUGACGUAAUUAUAAAACUGACGAUAGCUCUAAACUAGCCACAAUCCAUAGCCCUAACUCUAAGCCUAACCUUAGCCCUGGCCCAAGUUCUAACUCUAUCCUUAGCUCUAACUUAAACCCUAACCUUAACCAUAGCCCUAACCUAAACCGUAACCCUCCCCUAAUCCUAACAUCAACCCUAACACCAAACGUAAACUCAAACCGCAAUCCUAACUCUAAAUCGAACCGGAACCCUUAAAAUUAACGCAGGCCGUAACCCUAGACUCAGUUAUCAGCCUGACACUAACACAAACAAUAAAAUUAACCUUAUCUCCAAACCGAAACAUCAGGUUGCCUUUUUCCUUUUUUUCCUUUGACUACUUUCCCAAUAAUGAUUUCAGCAUCCUCCUUAGGCUUACUUUACUUGCAAUGCUCACAUUGCGUUAACACUUGGGACCAGUGCAGUGUAACUGACUCCUACCACUUUUUUUCUCCUGGAAUCGUAUGCUACACAGUGUGUUCAAACUAGAAAAACGAGGAAUCCUUUGGUUGUUGAACCCUCACAGUUACUCUCCGGGUAUCGCCAAAAUUUCUGGCACUUAAUAAAAAGGAAGUAUGUUGGAAGUCGUAGGCUGGAAGCCGACGUUUCUGUCAUCGUAGCAGAAAUUUCGACCGUUGUUACUUCUUAGCUACUAUGUCCUAAGUAAAUUCUGUUUAUUUUGUUCACAAAAAUGCCUGGCCUGUAGUGAUGUUUCUACAGAUUCGUUCUCAGAAGAAAUGUCUCUCUCUAGUGCCAAAGUGAUAUAUAUAUAUAUAUAUAUAUAUAUAUCUUAAAGUCGCCACCGCGCUGCUGAUAUCGUUAAAUCCUAAAAAAAAUAACGGAUACGUGUGCACGAUGUCGGCAACAAGAUUUUUGUCUUCACCUAUGAAGAAAGUAGUCUGCGCAGCUUCCACCCUUUUUCUAUGUUAUUGUCAUUAGGAUUCUUUUGUGGCCAACGGCAGCAGUACCUUUUCGGUCCAUAGAUUAGCCAAACCAGUAAAUAUCCGGCAAAAGUCGGGUGUAAGAGUGAUAGAUUGCGCAGCCUGUUCGAGGUGCAUAUAUAUGCGGGUGGAAGUUAGUGAGUGAGUGUGCGUAGGUGUUGGGCUGGGCUGGGCUGGGCUGCACACCUACCUCUGCGUUUGGUUUUCAGCUAGGAAGUUGCGCACCCUAGCUGGGCCCGCUUAGGACAAGUCUAUUAGCCCACAGCUGGCGGUGCCAGCCCUGCGCCCACGCCAAGAAGGCCUGGGUGCCCUCAACGAAUCAAUGCUCGCCGCGAGGAUGUAGACAGCGCGCGUGACCGCGCCUCGCGGAGCUCCUGCGCCGAGCGCAGACGGCAUGCUUGCGAGCCCUGCGCGUUACGACGUGUGUGCGUGGUGUGAACAGGGAGUGCCAAACCAACGAAUUGCUGCUGUCCACCGACAGAGCCAACAGCAGGCGCACACACGAAACAUGACGGCAGAGGAGGGCGAAUAAGCGGCACGUCUACUUCCUGUCACGCUUUUUCACCUCGCAGUUUCGCUGCCCACACCUUUAUGCGUAAGGCUUUUUCAACUCCGCUGGUGUGUACAGAGACACAGCGAGGUUUCUGCGACUUGCCCUAGACGUCACCCUUAAAUUUCACGAUUGUCCCGCUCCUCAUUUGUGGCGUCAGCGCACCUGCGAGGGCAUAUGCAAACAUACAACAGCUGGAUUGUUAUAUGCUUGUAGAGUCCUGACAUCGUCAGCCGGGAAGUUCGUACGGUGCGCGGAAGUAGACAGAAGAUGAACGGAUGUGCUGGAUCCUCGCGUGCACGGGGCUCAAAUUACAGCUCUGCCAUCACGAGCCCGACAGCAGACAAGUCAUCCCUUGGCUGCAGUUAUGGCGGCUCAAAGUCUAGUGGACAACCCAGUCCCGGUUCCUUUGUGGACGAACUUCGUUACAGAGUCGAAAAUAGCGGACCUCAAGAAGCUGGAAAACGACCCGUUUUGCGAAACGUCGACUACGUUGCCUGUAACCAACCUGUGACGCCCAUAUCGCUCUCCUACCUACCCCACCACAAGUCAGAAAUGUCCCUUCCAACAACGGGAGGCGGUGUAUCCCUGAAUUUCCACCUGUCGCAGGGCUACCGCGACAGGCCCCUGCGGACCCAGCAGCAGCUCAGUACUUCUUCUUCAACAGCAAGACUGGCAAACCUGGAAUUGGCUGUUCGUCCGCCGGCAGCCCUGGAUUCCUCCAAUCCAGCAAUGCGCGGAGGUAGGUACUUGAACGGAAUUCAUUAAUUCUGGCACUUUUUAAUUCGAUUCAGUUGCAAACACAAAUGAAUUGUACUUUAGCAAAGGACCUUAUCGAUUCAUUGCGCUGGUUGGUUCGAUGGUGGUUAAAAAUGUUUGCUGAUUUCCCACUUGUAAAAGACUCGGUUAUUGUCCAAAGGUGAAAAAUAACCAACCCUUUAUCUGAUGUAAUUAAUUUUAAAGGUUACCACCGACUUGCCGCCUACGGACCUCUGAAGACCAACGCAUAUAAAUGUAUAUCACCCUAAUGUUCAGAAAAAUCUUAUCGCACAAUUUUUAUCGACAAGGUUGAAAGCCAUCAGAAAUUCAAGAAUACAUAUCUGGAGCACAAUAAAGGGAAUUUUGACCUCUCCGCACUCAGCCUGGAAAGCCCUGUGUAAUCCUUUGGGAUCCGACAUUCGACAGUUGUUUUAAUGCAAUCGAUAAAUUUUAUGAGAAAGAAAAAGUCAUGUUAAAUUUCAUUUUAUGCAUUUCCAAUAAAUACGUGAGUCUGGAGUAAAUUCUCUGUCACGAAGCCUUUCAGGUUCGGUCCGAGCGUUUAUAUUAAAUAUAUAAGCUACGAACGAGCAGAUUCGGCAGAAUAACCACGUAAUAUUCACAAGCUGCCAUCUGGCGGUCAGUAAUAUCCAGAUUUUCAAUUGUUUUCCAUGUUUACAACACUCGUGCUAGUCGAUAGCCCAGGCAUGUGUUUCGCUGAUUUUGUUCUGCCGCUUUACGCAGCUGCCUGGAGUUCGGUACCUCAGUCGGUCCCCGGCGUUCCCCGUGCGCUUUAGAAACUGAGUCGGGAAAUGUCUAUCUUGAAGAAUUUAUCCCAAUUUCCAGAAGCGAUUUCUGGGGAAAUUAAAAACUCAUGGGAACGCUGAGUAACCUACUGAUGUGUCGGGUCCUUUGGGACGGCAUAUAUUCAGGGAAAUAUGUGCCUGCAAUCUUGGUCCACUGCAUCGAUUGUCAGUAUGGGGAAUCGUUAAACACCAUCUCAAACCUAAUUAAACAGCUCACAUUCAACACAAGGUAGCUGCGUCUUGUAAUUCCAGCAAACAAGUCGUUCAAAAUGAAAAUAGUCUUCCUUCACAAGUCAAAAUAAAAAUAUCGACUAACUUUGAAAGCUGGUAACUGUGAUCAUCCAGGGUAAAAAGACCCUUCGAGAUACUGACGGGUCGGUUUUACGAUUUCAGUUCACCUCACAUUUCAUCCUCUGUGUGAGUUCUCUAUUUUCUGACUUAUAAAUCACAAAUCCACUCAAACAUCAAGGCACGACGGAACGAGCAUGUCGCAUGACCAGAUAGUUGAGCGUAAUUCCAGUAUAAUUAAUAUUCCUGAACGCAAAGGACAGGAAAACGGUCAGCGGGCUCAAUGUUUAAGAGUGUUGGACUCAAUGAGCGAAGGUUCUCAGUUCAAAUCUCAAGCGUUUCAACCCUGAAGUUGGUAUAACUGGCUGAUAGCAAUUAAUGAGUCAAAAACAGCCAUUACAGUCUCUCUUGUCUUUGUUGCUACUUCUUUCCGGCCCAAAUAAAGCUUUUGCUUGAGAUGCUUUUGGCACUUAUUUUGGUAUGAAUCUAAAAAGCCUAACAAUUUUAAACUAGAAUUUACUGAUCAAAAAUUUUGCGACGGCUCCUCGGUCGUCUGCUGUCGUGAAUAAUGGGGAGUCCAAAAAUUCAGACUAAAAAACGUGAAAAUGUGUGGCGGUUUCUGGUGUCUGUGAAGAACUUUAUAUAUAUAUAUAUAUAUAUAUAUAUAUAUAUAUAAGUGAAAGGACUAGGGAUUAUUAAGGUGGAACUGGACUCACGACACGAUUCUCCCGCGCGCAAACAACAAAGUCACAUAUCUUUAAUUUACAUUCUUUUCGUGUACCGACAACAGGCAAUUUAAGGGCCAUAGGAAAAUCCUUUAACCCUCCUAAGGCUCUUUUAGACCAAAAGCAGGUUUGCAAAAAUUGAAAACGGGGAACUACAUUCGCUUGAGUCUUGAAAAGAUAGUUUUUAGGUGGCAAAUCUCUGCUGCUAUAACCCAUGAUAACCCAGCCAAAUGGUGGCUUUUGGAAAAUUAUAUGUGCGGAGGCUGUCAGCAUGCGGCCAAGCUGCCAACAAGAUGACUCAUUGACUGCCACCUACACUUUUCUCUCUCCGUCUCUACCUAUUCACCCCCUCGCAGCAGCCAUCGUGAUCCCUACCAGGUAAUAUUUAGUUGCGGGUCAGGAUACUGUAGACGGUCUAGUUCAGGACAAGGUGAGUGUGUGACGGCAACAGCAGUUGCGAGCCCUUAUUAGGUUCCUCUCAGUGCAGUCGACAUCAGGCCAUCGCUGUAAUUGGCGCGUCCACAUGCGAAAUGUCAUGACGGGCAAAUGUCGGAACGUGUGUUUAUUUACCUUCUGGACAGUGUUUCGGAAAGUGGUCUAUUCCGAUCCGCGCCAACAGCUCCCAGUUUCUGCCAAAUUCUCUCCUGUCCGACCUAAAUGACAAGCGGAGGUAACAAAUAAUGUUAUUUGAGGGAAAUGUCGAUAAAACAUAAUGAUAAUACCCUUCUCCCCGCCUUCACUAGGAGAAAUACAGAAACCCCCUAAAAGUGCCGUUUAACACAAGGAAGGAUAUUAGUUGCCGCAGAAAGCAUGUUAGUUAGCAACCAAUAUUUUCUCUUGACCAAAAUUUCCUCUGGACGAAGACUAAUUGCCCUCCUAGACUACCACUCAUGGACAUGAGCGGUCCUAAACAAGCCUUUCGUGGACUUAGACACAGAACAUUUCGUAAUGUGCUGGAAAUGGGUGCAUUUGACGGACUACAUGCCGACUGAAUAACUUGAUGGCAGCUCUAAUCAAGAGUAGCCGCUUGGUGUCCGAGCUUCGCUGUAUUUUCUUAGUGCGGUGAGUGCGUCUUAACAAACUCGGUUGAAUUUUGUCUUCUCCAAAGCAUACGCCACUCUUGCCACCAAGCGGACUUAUUUCAAUGGCAUUCAAGGUCACAGUGGUAAGUAUAUUUGGCGACAACACACUCUCAGAGCAUCCACAGGUGUUAAGCUACUAGUUACAACUUUCGUUGCCUACAAAUGCUUCCACUGAAAGAAUCAUGCUUCUUGACCUUGUCUAAAUAUUCUGCAUUCCUGGCCUAUGCAAAAAAAUUUAGUUGGCCAAGAAGAAGCGCUGAGGAAAGAUUGGAAUGAGGAGGUCGUGAACUUUUUGUGUAAAUUAUAUACUUUUUAACUGACAUCAAGGCACUUUUGUUGUAAUACGAUGCUGUUAUGUUCAUACUAAUUCGUAAAACAAGCGCAAAAUACCUCAACAAUAACUUUGUCAUCUAAGGCUUCAGACUAGAACGAAAUGCGGCAGUAUGACGCAGAAUCGACAAUGCAGAUUACAAACUGCUGUGUAUUCAGAUAAUGACGCAACUGUUAGCGACACGAUGACAUGUUUGAUUUUGAAAAGUCACAGUGCCCUUUCUAUCUUCAUCGACCGAAGCUGUUUUCCCUUUGAGUAUCUCCAGCUACCUCGACAGUGCGACCUUUAUUACCGACGGUGUCUACUGUGCGAGCCUGAGUAGGGCGAUGGUAGUAGACUUCUGCUCCAUCUUCUUCCUCAUCCUCCUGGGUCCUGCGUCAAAAUAAAGUCCAGAAGAUCAGAGGUGGGAUAGGGUGAGGCUGAUUGGCGUGACGUCAACCUGCGCCUAGGCGUGCCGUAACAGGCUCCCCCAUGUGGGUGCGCAGCCUAAUAACGCAUGUCACACCCUGGCCUGACCCCGUGACGGAACCGUCCAGUAUGCAUAGCCCGGUAUAGGUGGCGCUCCUGCUACAUAAUUAAUCAGGAACAGGGUAGACCCUGACGUGUAGUCUGACGAAUAUUUCCCUAUUUAAAGCAUAUAGAUUUUGGGCCGUUUGUCCCAAUUGUCUGCUGUCCGUAUUGACUCACAAGGAAUAUAUGGGUUGACAUGAAACGACCAUUCCUGCUGUUUUGAGCGAUUUGCUUUCACAAGAAGCAUGCCUGGAAUGCAAAGUGUAAAAUUAGUUGUAUGUGUGCAUGGCUUAUUUGCGUGCUUCUUCCAGGAUAAAACCCAGCGAUAAAAACCGGAUGUGUUAAUUGUUGGUGGAAUAUAUUGCUACGAAUAACAGCGCCAAAAAUUUCACAGUUAGUGUAUGAGGCCUCAAAUCAUGCUUUUGGAUACUGGAUCAAAUGAAUUCAGAAACAUUUAAAAAUAAUUGCUGUAUAAGAUUAUUAUCUGCAUGGCCUCUAUUACAAAUGACUCAACUACAACAAAGAACUUAGACCUCGGAGGCUACUACGACUGCAAGAUCGCGUGACUACCCCAUCCACUUCGUUUGUGCACCAUCCCUGUACUCCCUGCGAGACAAUGGUUGCACCUCCUAUCCUGAUGUUCCUCUAAUCAAGUUCUGCCAUUGGAAUUAAAAUACUAAUAGACAGAUGCCGUAUUCAGUAAAUUUUUAGCUUCCGUCCCUAGGGGAAUUAUUGCCCUAUAUGUGCUACCAGCGAUUCGAGUGUGCUCUCAUAUUGUCAGGUCUUUUGACUGGCAUCACACAGAGCUAACCGUCGGUGUUGAAAGACGUAGUUCUAUUUUUGUAAACAUACGGCUGGCACUUUGGUGGCUGAAAAUAAGUGUCUUUUUAAGAAUGUCUUGAAUAAAGCCCUUGGAGCGACUGUUGGUGAGGCAAAUGAAUGUCAUACUUUCACUACUGCCCAUUGUAAUUAGGUCUGAGAAUAUGCGUUGUGAUGAAUUAACUUUCAGGGGGCUAAAAUGUGGCUGUGGUAAAGCCUUGCUGUUACCGUCGCAGAUUCAAAUCCCAUCGAGGCCGCCGAGUUUUUCACAACCGGAUCAAGUGAAUUAUUCAAAUCUGCCGAAAAUAUCUAUUUGAAACUGAUAGUCAUCUGGUGGAUUCUAUACUGAUUGCUUAAGAAAUCCUGUCUAGACAGUCCGCUUACUCCGUCGGAAUUUGCGGAUUUCAUAGGUGGCAGCAGGCUAGGCGGUCCACUUGACCCAAAAGUGACUAAACUUACGGCUCCCGGUCAGAGCCUCGUAGUUCAGGUGGUUAGGGCGUUGGCUGUGCUCAAGUCUGCUAUUGCCGUCCUAUGAUCGAAUCCCACCGAGGCCACCGAGUUUUUCAGGCCUGGGUCAUCUGAGUUACUCAAAUCUCCCAAAAUCAUAUAGAAUGAAAAUUUUAAGAAUUUUCAACCUCAAAUACUCUAUGCAUAUGGUCGUUCUAUUUGCACUUCUGCAUUUACCUGAAUAUUUCCACCCCCUUCAAGUUGGCGCAUACUUUAAUUUUUACUUUAAGCAGGAUCUAGGUAUUUUGUGAUACAAAAACUUGGGCGGCUUAACAGUACUUGUUCGUACAUUUGCACCCUCUUAAACAAGUAUGGACCUCUAUUUGAAGUUUAUAAUCAGCGAGGAGGGAAGAUAGUACUAGAAGCAAAUAUGUUAUUUGGAUUUUCACAUGACUCUGCGUUGGCCACGGGAAUGUGGACGUUCCCUACCGCCACGGGUGGCCUCACGCUAAAAUCCAGAGGGGUACCCAUUUCUCUGACCUAACCUUAGCCCCAACCCUCCUAACCCCUAAAACAAAGCCCCCGAAUUUAGGACGAGGACACUCGUAAUAUGGGGUUCAAAUGCCCGUGCCAAACCGAACUCUGUGUAUCAACCAUUGCCAGGGCCACUCUGCCCAGUAAAAGAUAAUUGAAUCUUGCGAGACCUUGGCAGUUCUGCCAGUGGUGAUCGACUUUUCUUCUUGCUCUCGGCCUCAUUGUUUGUCGUCAACUACCUAGUGCGGCAAAGGUUACCUUGAUUCGCCUGAGCUGUCAGCCACAAGGAUGAAUGCGGAUGGUUGGGGGCAGUUAACGAAUGUAAGGAAAUUUCGCUGUUCAAGAUGUUACCCAGCUAACGCACAUGAGACAGGCAAUCUUCCAAUCUCCGAUUACUUCCCUGGGACUUCUGUCACCGUCUAACAAAGUAAUUAAUAUUUCACUGUAAACAUGGUUACUCCUUCUCCUGUUCCACCUGAAAUUAAUUCGUCUGAUUUUUCUACCAAUUUACUGAGCAAACUCCGACUAUAAUGUUUAAACAAGACUAUAUGACUUCGGACAGGUUAUAGCCGACUACUUCCUCGAAAGUCUUAGACGCCCAUAUUAUAGCGUUGCUUGUUCCUUCCAUCCCACGAAAAAUGGCACGCGGGGUGUAGAUUCUUUAGGUUGGCUGUGUUCCAAUUCGGUCUUUACCAAGUAAACAUGACGAAUACGGUUCAGGGUCGAUGGAUGCCUUGCUGCCUGAAUACAUCGUAUGCACUCAGCUUGCGAUGCCGAGGUCUUUUUAUUUUUAUUUGCAUUCUGUUUCUCAACUUCCUCGCGCACCAUAACCCUCGCUUUCUUUGCUUCGUGCCUCCUCGUUUCUCUCGCGGGUGAAGACAAAAUAUUAAGAAAGGUCGUAUUUGUAGAGGUGCCAUCAGAAGCGACUUAUCACGCAUGACAAUAAUAAAGAAUUGUUUCAGCUGGUUUUUAAGUUGCCUUUUUCAAUGUAACCGUCCGUUACGAUUACUACACGCUCUGGAAGCCAAAUUUUGACAAAUCAGAAAACAUAUCCAUCUUCUGUGAUCCUAUAAGUUAAAAACAAAUAUACGGAGGACAGUCCGGCAGUUGUGUUCUGAUUCUACUAUUCUCCUCCGUGAGGGUAGCUGCUUUGGACACUUUAAGAUAAUUGCCUAUACCUUCUGAAUAUGAAGUUCACUAAAAUAAGUAGGUGUCUGCAAAUACUGUCCAUUAUGAUCCGGUGACUGCUGAAGAUGAAUUAUUUUACUGCAAUUUCGAUCAAAAUUUUCGAAAGUCCACUUUUAAAACUAUCAGUUUGAAAGGGUCUUUGCAAUUCCAGGACGCAUACAGCGCUGGUUUAUCCACUUAUUACAAGUCUAUUUAAUAUGUUCAGGAAAAAUAUUCUUUUAAGUAGUUAACCACACAAAGGUAAUAAGAAGUGCUUUAGAGCCGUUAACUGUCAUCAUUACCUGUAUCCUAUUUUAGGACCGAGUUUCCGACGGCUUCAAAGUCUUUACGGCAACAGUACUGCAACACAAAAGCGCUACCCUUCCGACAACACCCUGGAUAAAAUAUACCUAACGGAAAGAGCCCAGGUGAGCCUGUGUCCGCAAAAGGGCAGUUUAAAACAAUACAAAUAUUGCAAAUGGCUAACAAUUCAAUUCAUUUUGUUUGUAGGCUUGUAAACUUACCAAUUUGGGUAGUUAGCUCUCGUUGAUUGCUAUCAGAAACGUCCUACCGGGGUUCCUAUGGAAAGACCGCACUUUUCAGAACCUAGGACGGACAAAAAGUUACCAUUCGAUUGGUUCACCAGUCACAAUAAAGCUAAAAAGCGCAACCGUUGUCAGCCGACCGCGGAUAUCCCGUAAUCUUAUGAGCGAACGCUCUUCUCACGACAUGUAUAUCGAGAAAUAGGUAUCCUAUAUAUUCAUACAGAAGGGGACGGUAAGGCGAUCUGUGGAGGGGAAUGGUUUAUUCAUUUGACCUGUCGCACUCGUACUCGAGCGCAUCAUCGGAGACUGACAAACGUGAGAAUACAUGGCUUGAAUAGGCCUUUCUUACUAAAUCCUAAUAGGCCCACCAUCAUCCCUUCUCAUUGGCCCUCUCUUCAUGCUCAGAUGGUGCUUCUCGUCCUCUUAUCUCGCUGGUAGGUCUAAGCUACGGUCGAUCGGCUUGACAUCAAACUGCCAAGCUUCGACUAUUUCUGUCGCCAGUUUGUUUUCAACUCGGCCGAGUACUUGGACACUGUUAAAGACGCACUGAUGACUACCUUCCAGACUGUGCAUAGCAAACUUUCGAUCGUACAUCUUCCCGCUUGGCAACGAGAGCAUGAUCAUGCAUGCGCGUUCUAGGUUAUUUGUCAGUUAUGCCGCAGUCGUUUGCCAGACAAACUAAAGAGCGAACACGGUAAAUAAAUCCUGACGUGUGUUCAGUUGGCAGCCGCUCCCGAGAUCGUAAUAUCUUCUCCUUCUACCUCAACACCAGGUGUCUAUAUUUAUGCCUAUAUGCGUAUAGGUGUAAAUUAAAUGACAGGCAUUCCAAUAAAUGUAAGUUGUUGUGAAAUGAGUUUUGAGAAAGGCAACGAAAGUUAUUUCUUACAUUUGCGAUGCUGGAUCCCCGGACCGUCCUCUAACAGCUAAAAUAUUAAACAUACCUGAAGAUAUCAGUAGUUGCCUGUAAUUUCUGGCAUUGAGCAAUUGCUAUAGAUUGCCAUUGCGGUUUGGUUGGCUGUCAUUCAUUCCAUUUUCAGGGAUUUUUUGAACGACAUUUCAUCCGAUGUGUCGAUAGUGCAGGAGUCGCUGUAGUGCAUGACCUCGAAUCUUCUCUCAUGCCAAGGUGUGCUCAGCUUUCAGCGUAUUCGAGGCGACUUGAGGCAGGUAGUCCUGCUGCUCCAGCGAAAACUGAUGCUCAUAUCUUCGGGUUGAUGCCAAUUUUCCAGUUCUUUUGCAGGAUGGAAUCUUACGGACAAUUGUGAAUAUUAUCCGGCGCAGUGAGAAGUCAGUUUCAUAGACACUUGGAUUUAGUUUGCUUUAGGACUUGACAAUAUCUCUAGAUAACGAAGCUAAUCCAUAGGCUUACACACUGGGCGCGAAGUUGAGUCAGUUUGGGUCAAUUGUACUUUGUUCUUCUUAGAGUGUCUUUCAAAUGUUCGCCAGUCUGCUGGUUUUGGCGCCUGAUUGGAACUGCCUACAUAGUUCCUUUUCUUUAUCUUUUUACUCAUGUUGUCCCAUACAGUAGCGCAGAAAAUCCUAGGAUAUCCAUUUUGAGAAAACAGUCUAGGCGGAUCUUUCAGUUUGUCAGAGUGAUGUGUCUUUACUCUAUUAAGCGGUCUAUUGACAGCUCUCCGUCUUUUAAUGGCAAACUGGCUGUCCUCAUAUUGUGUAAUGACUUCUGCGCUAGCUUCUUUGCGGUUAAUGAGUGUGCGUAAUUUUUCAUCAGUUUUUCGUUGAAAGGGACAUAUGCACAGUGAGUGACAGAUCUCAUGAAAUGUUGACUGAAAUUCUCAAAUGCGUUUUCGGUUGGGAUGGAUUACCUAGGCGUGGUUGCAACAUUGAUUAUCUUACGACAUAAUCCUAUAAUAUUUGGGGCUUGCUAGGAUGUCGCUUUUGGAUACACUGCCUUUUAACCUCCUAUAGAAACCGCACUUGGUAAGAAAGGACAAGUUAACUGCACAUUUGCUUUCGAUGACCUUAUGAAUUCAAAUAUAUUUUAUGAAAAGCAUGAACAAAAAUAUACUUUAGUCCACUCGCUUAAUAGAGAUCCAGGUCAAUUUCGUAUUUAUACUUGAAGAAGGAGUAUAAUUAGGUUUCAAAAAAGGUUUUUCAUUAUGGAAUUUUUUAAGACCGUGCAACGUCUGUUCAAACAGCAUCGUUCCUGUCCGUUCACCACUGCUCCUCAUGAAAUGUACAACAUAGUCCCUAUGCAUUGCGAAAUUUCACGGACUCUGUAUGGCAUCUUUUUAAAGGCAUAGAAGAAUAUAUGAUUUUCUUUCCGCGGAACACAUGUGUUACGCAGACUGAAAUCACUAGGCGCUAAGGCAACGACUGAUCAGGCUCCAAAUUAUCCGGGAAUCAGAAAACUCUUUAAAAAAACCUAAUUAUACUCCUUCUUCGGGUAUAAAAUAUAACGAUGGUGUGAUUCUCUAUCAAACGACUUAAAAAGCAUAUUUUGUUAGUGAUUUCUAUAAAAUAUGUUUGAAUUUGAAAGGCCAUCGAUAUUAAAUGUGAAAAAUGGCCGCUACUUAAGUAGUCACUUUUUACCGACUUUGGCUUCUACAGGCAAUUAAAAAGCAGUGAAUUUAAAAGCUGACAUUCUGCCGAGUCCGGAAUAUUAUAGGAUUAUGUCGCAAGGUAAUCACUGUUACAACGCGCCUAAGUAAUCCUUCCCAAUCAAAAAUGCAUUUCAGAAAUUUUGCCAACAUUUCGUGAGAUCGGUCACUCAAUGUAAGUAGUUUUUUCGUCAGAUUCUUUUUCGGGUGUGAAGUUAAUUGUCGGAAAUGUGGAGUUGAUACUGUUGUGAAGUGUUUCUAGUCGAUUUUUUAACCACAACAAAUCUUUCGUUUACAUACCGCAAUUUAUGGUCAGUUAACGGAAAAGCUAUAGGUUCUAGUUUCUGCACUGUGACCUCCGUAGAAUGGAAAGUUGAUUUUUAGACAUAGGUCCCUUGCAAAAAUAUCCGCAAAAUAUAACUGCAUGAGUUCUAUCGUGCAACGUUUUGACAAAACUAACGAUAUUGACGUAAAUGGUGGGCCAACGUCGAAGGAAAUCGUUGUCUUAUCAGCCGAAGCUGUGAUCCAGAAACUUUGCAGAGUUCCUAACUGAAGCUCCACAAUUCUUCUUAAGUGGGUGGAGCUAAUGGAAAAACUACUUAGAAAUUGUAUAGUUAGGUGCAUCGGUUUAGGAUGCAAUCUGUCGCAGUCAAAAGUCAGUUGUAUGGGCUUUGGGAAGUUCAUACAUCUUAGCGAUGAUCAGUUCAGCUUGCUUUAGAACUUGACAGUAUCUCCUGACGGUUGCUUUGGUAGGACACGGUGAGUGCCCGUUGUAUUACAAAUGGCCAAGGUGGGUAGAGUUAAGGUUAGCGCUAUAAUUGGAGUUAGGGGGGUUAGAGUUGGUGUUAGAUAACGGAAAUAAACAUGGCUCUCUGAUUUAACGCAUGCCACCCGUAGUACAGGUGUAUUUAUUCUCGUGUCCAGUCGUUGCUUAUUUCAUAUAAGACGUUUCAUGUCCUUAUCAACGGAUGAAUUAUAUGCCUCGGUAUGGUUCGUGGUAGGCGGUUUAUAGCUUGAACUUUUCAAUAUGGUCCCCGCUGCUCAAAGUCGCAACUGAAUGCAAUUUGUCUUCAAGGGGAACUAUUGUGUUUUUGUCUGUUUUUAGGGUCAGUACUACCGUCUUUUCUUCGUAUUAUUGUACCGGAAAAUGGUUAUAAUUCCUUAAGAUUGCUACAGUACUAUUUUGGAUUGCGAAAAAUCUGUCUAUCGCAGGUUUUCUGUUAAUCCGAUGGACUGUAAGCCUGUAAAGUAGUUCGAGUAGUAUAUAUCGGAAAGACGUUUUCGUCCAUUUGAAAGGCACAUUCUCUUAUCAAGGGCCGGUUUACGGCCCUCGCUGACGAUUGAAGUAUCGUACUCCAAAGAUAGGUACUAGGUGAAACCCCGAGAACAUGCCUUUCGAUGUCUCCGCUAGUGCAUGACUCAUUUGCCGGGGGUUCAACUCCUCAUACUGAACGGGCGCAAUGCGGUCAUUUUGCAGGAUACUUUUGUCUUCGAUUCAAACUUUCAUAAUUAUUUCAGGGUUGUCCUUAAAAGUCAUAUCUUGGACACUUGCCUGUAAAUCACGUUCUUCACAAGUUGAGAAAUUAGUAGCUACAUAUUUAUAUGAAACCCACACGACCGAAGUCCUAGUAACUGUGUCAGUCAGCAGAACAAACAGAGGCGAAACAGACAUCUGCUCCUUUACCAAUUAACUUUGUUGAAAAUCGUAAAACCACCGAGAUUUAUAUCUAUGAAAUGUGUCUAAAAAAACCAAAGUUCAUACCGUAAGGACUUGUUUUCCAAAGAUCUACACAAUAAAUAUCAUUAUUUCCUUCCCUAUGGUUGUCAGUUAACGAGGAGGCCGCCAUGAAAAUCUGACAGCGUAACACAGAUUAGGGGGUAUUUUACGCAAAACACGGAGUACAGUGAAUGUCACCAAACACCUAGAGGUCAUUUUCACACUAUCAUCAUUUGACCCCUCAACGAUAUGACUCCUUCUAGCCAGUUGUAAAAUAUGACAAAAAUCCCCUAUAAAUUACCAAUUUUCAAUUUCUUUUAGUGUCGAUUUUAAAUGGUGCCUUCUAUAUUCCCUGACCACAUUUUAGCCGCAGUACUCUGCGUCUGGACGGAAGGCUGGGACCGUGAAAAUCCAGGUCAGGAGCCGCAGUGCGCAGGCGAGUCCCUCAGUGAGCCCGGCGCACAGUCCCCGACAAACCUUCAAGUCAUCCGACCAAGGCUAUUCAGAUGAUCGCGUACGCUCGCAACGGACCAUUGUUCCGACGACGACGGCGUUAAAUCGAACACAGUCAUCACCACCGAGGACCGACAGGGCCCGAUUUGUCUCAUCCAAUGUAGAUGAGCUUCAGGUAGAUACCAACCACGCAGUCAAAUUACACUUCUUUUUUCACUCCCAGUACACAUCUUAUCUUCUUCAUUGGCUAGUCUCCUAGGGAAAUGUGUUUUGCAAACCAAAACGUUGAGCAUUGUUAGUCAUAAGGAAGGUGAGACCGUUGUCACUCUCGGCCCUUAAUAAUCUGCGAUUGGGAAAAAUCCUUGGGCGCAACGUUUUUUUUCUGAUAUUCUGAGAAGUAUAUUUGUCGACGUCCGUUGGCUAUGUAGUAGAUCAUGGUGCAGUACCUGACCUAUCUCAUGAACUGCUAAUCAAAAUUCUCAACGGUGUUUUCGACCACAAAGGGUCACUUAACUGGGGCUGUAAAAUAGAGCAUUGUGCAAUACAAUCCCCUGAUAUCACAAGCGGGUCAGACUGCCGGCUUCGAAUGAGCUUCUCUCUGGCCACCUGUAUGAAUCAAAUUCAUAAAAAGCGAUUAUUUCAAUAGCAAGAAUUUUCCCGGUGAUUUGCGAUUCCAUAAUACACUCAAACAUAUUUAUAAGAAAAACAUGUACGAAAACGUUUCUCUCAGUUUUGUUCUUUAAAAUGGGUAUCUUUAAAUUUUUAAAAGCUUUUCAAUUAACGAAUAAUUAUGGACCGGACCUGCAGCUACACUUGCGCUUAGGGUAGGAAAACUACUUGCUGUAUGCUUUCUGUGUAAAGAAGAUCGUGAAUUUCGCUGAGCCACUGAGAAGAGUUCAUGUAUAGAUCAUAACAUUUCGCAGCGAAUGCAGACUAUGUUGUAAACUAUAUAAGCAGCGAACAGAUAUGCUUCUGCGUGAAUGAACAUUUCACGGUUUUAUAAAAUAUCAUAAUAGGAGCCAUUUUAAACCGAAAUCUACACUUUAUUCAAGCAUAAGCACAUGGCGUCAAAUGCGUAAAAUAACGAACGUAUUUUUGCACGUUUACUCUAAAAUUUACUUAAGGUUAUAAAGGCAACAAAGAUCAAUGGGAACAAGUCGUGUCGAAUAAGUAAUCAGUUUUCGUUGAAAGUGAUUCUUGCAGGUUCAUUCUAAAGUCGACAUCCUGGUCUGACUUAAGAUGAUGUUCCACAAACACUAAUCGUACAAUCACGCCUGCAUAAACCGUUAUAAUCGAAAAGACAUUCCGGAAAUUCGGCUAACAUUUCGUGAGUCAGAUGCAGUAUGAUUCCUAGGACUACUGUUUGCGCAGGUGUGUUUACACUAAAUUUACAGAAAACUGGCCUUAAAUUGGCGAAUGUCUCCUCUUUGGUUAACAAUUAGUCCGAAUGAACUACCAAUUCAAAGCACUAUAGGAAAGGAUAUAAUCAAGUCUGAGGUGGAAUAAGGAAAGGUCCAUGAGUAAGUUGAAAGUAGCUCAAUCUGGAGGAGCUCCAAAGAACCAUAUAACGGCCACUGAUGUAUUUCAGAACAUAACCAUUUGUUAAAGCUUUGGAAGAAUUUAUAGUCUCGGGAAAAGUUUGUGAUCUCGAAAGAGGAGCAUUCGGCGGACUAGUGAAGGAUUCAGAGACAGAGAGAAGACUAAUAUCCGAAUUUUAAGGAGUACGUAGAGAGCAAACAUUUGCUUUCGAUUUUAGACAAGCCUGUUGCAUUUCAGGGUGAAGAAGAGGAUUUUCAGACGCUUCCCUCGGUGCGAGAGAUCAUUCGUCAGGUUGAGGAGAUGACACAGAAGAACUGUAACAGCGCAAGCCUACCCCGACAGCCUGGCCACUCAGCCAACGUCGUCACCGUAGGCAACUCUCAGCCGUCGCCCUCCGGCCACAAGUCACGAGCCUGCGAUCGAACUACGACACAAUACGAACCUCAAGACAGUGUUCAACGGCGUUCGUUUUCCCAGUCCUACCUCCAGUCGGGACGUCAGGCUGCUUCCGAUGCGAUGAAUGCGUGCCAGUAUUCGCACAUGAACGCGCAGAAUGAUGACUACGAUAAUCCAACCGUCCCCAAUCCCGUAAGUGAAGCUUUGUCAACUCGAUAAGUUAAGAAACUACGGGCGUUUUUGUGUAGGCGUGUGUAAGACGACUAAAAAUAAGGUGGUUGUGGCAAAUAUUUGUUUCAGGAGAGGAAUCGACUGUGACUUAUGAAUACGUUAAAUCGGAUCGGCUGCUAAUCGACAUCUAGGCAGAACAGGGCGUUUUACUUAUCCAACUGGGAGUGAAUAUUAGUCGCACAACCAGCGCUGACAUCACGCUGCCCAAUUACCAUUGUUAUUAAGAGUUUUAUUGGAUUUCUAACAAAAUUGGCUGAGUUAAAUUCCUUCAAAAUAACGGAAUAAGGCUUUAUGCAUGACUCAAACUAAAUUCAAAAAUUGUAGACUUUGCUGAUCUAGUUUACUUCAAAAAAAUUGAAGUAAACUUUUUUGACCUGCUCGGGAUAGAAAAAUAUUCAUUUUUCCGUAUCAAAGAUACUUGCACGUCGUGUAUAAAGUAGGGGUAUUAAAGCUCUUACUUCACGAAAAUUAUUAGAUGCUGAUUUGACGCGCUGACUAUGGGAGUUAUUCUUAAAACACAUUUGAUGCUCACGCUGUUUCAAAACUACGUUGAAUCAUAGUGCGACUUUCUCGGCACGACGAGUGCCACAGACUGAACACUGUUAUUUAGUAUAAAAUGCCUCUCAUGGAGGCAACGGUAGGAUGAAGGACCGCAACUACCUGUCGGGACUGGUGGUAAUGAGGGUCUCACGAGUGGGACAGCACGUUGAGCCGUGAACUGAUAGUGUAUUGGCGAGUAAAGAUGCUUGCAAGCCCUAUCAGAGUCGAAAUUCACUAUCAGGAGCCUUCAGGCAUCUCCCUGGGCAAGGCAGAUGACAACGUUAGUCGGGACCCAUUUCAGCUUGCUGACGUUUCUUUUCCUCUUUGUUGUUAGUGGGAUGACUACUGAUCAGUGUACUGAUGAGUGUAGACGCCUGCGGGCCCUAUUAAAGACGAGCGAUCGUGUUCCAACGAUUAUUCCUUCGCCUACAGGCGUCUUUCUGGCCUGUAGACACGUGCGAAAUGAGGUGCGUCGCAGUCUUCUGGUCAGACAGUUGGAUAUGUCAUAGUUUGUGGAUUCGUGGAGUCUGUGUCCAAAGGGGAGUACUUUGUUUACUUAAUCAGUCGCAACGUGGAAUGAUCCCAGCAAGCAGAAGACUCUACCACUACACAGGCCAAGCAGGACGACGCCUCAGCUCACGAAUACUUGACCACAAACGGGCCGUUCGUAGAGGCGACUCACUAUCUCAAGUCGCCACUCACAUGCUGGAGGGAGGCCAUGAGUUCGACUUCGCCAACACGCGGAUAUUGGCGUGAGCCGGCAACAAGACGGGGCGAGAACUGUUGGCAGUGUGGAUGUCGGACACCAAAUCUAUCACUGGACACAUUGAUUUGCCUGCGUGUUAUCACGCGCUCCGCCCUCGCAGCCAAGUGGCGCAGCUCACAUCGCCGCGAAGUACAAACGCCGUCAGCACGCCGGGAGACCAGUGUGGGCCAGACAGCACAAACCAGAUCUAGCCACGGACGUAAUUCCCCCUCCCCCUCACGGCACAACGGCAUAGAUGUUCCCACGUUACUGCACUCUAGCAUUCUCUGAUGAUGAACUCCUAUUCGAGUUCGAAGGCUAAGACCAAUAAAGCUACCGCCCUAGUGAUCGUGCCUUCGUCUUCUUUUAAACUCUGGAAAGUAUUACCGCCAAGCCCGUAUGACACGAUCCACAGGCUACCGACAGCUAGUUGGGGUCUUUUAGCCUACUGUUGCCCUCAUGGAUUCAUCUGUAUCAAAAAAAUAUUAAAUCAACGGAAUCGUUUGCAGAUACUCGGAACCAUGACAGAAAGUGAAGUUUUACUCGAUUUUUUCCUUUCUUCAUUUAUCUCGAUGCCUUCGAGUGUCAACUUCACGUCUACUUGCUAGAAUAUAUAUCCAUGUGCCUCUGGAAACGCCUUUUUUGCAUAAUCAACAACGUUCUGCAUAGGAAGUUACCUACGCAAUUAGAAUAUACUGGAGAUGCUACGUUUAUUUGCAAAAAUUAUAGAGAUUCCGGGAACGACUGUAUCUGUUAUCCAUUUGCCUGCAUCGGGAUCUUACAACAACAAACUAAGAAGAGUUUUAAGCGGCUUUCCUUGCUUCCUGACCUCGUCCUCAGCCAAACGUUUACCUAUCAAUGCGCCCUUGAGAUUCAUCCUCUACCUUGGCCUCUCUUAUCUGCUUGCCUGAACUCCUACGAUUUACCAACAUUGUACUGAUCUGUCUACACUAAUCCCUCUGGUCAUUACGACGGAUUAACAAACAUAAAUUAUUCCGAAUUUGUUAACUGAUUUGUGGAAUGUGAGUUCGCGUUUGCCAAAAAGGGGUCCGGCAAAUAAAAGGAAAAGGGGGCGUCACUGAUGGGGCAACAGCUCAGGUAUCUGGCGUGUAGUAACUACCACAAAACAGACCACGUUUCAUCCAGGGAUAGAGGGGUAUGGGGAGUCUAUUGUGUGCAGAACCUUGUGUGCUGCAUUACUUAGCGGUGCGCGUUCGCUGAGGCCUGCAUGCCCUCCGAUCCAGCAAAACAGUCACAACAAAGGAACUUUCUGACGUCGAUUACUUUGUUCAAGCCUGGACACCUGGUAUUGGCCGUUCUGGCCACUGCGUCCAUGCUGCAUUCCCCCUAGAUGAUGAUCGUGACUAAACUGCCAACCAUAGAUGGGGGCUGACUUGAAUGUGGGAUGGCAACAAAGGUGACGCAGAUAAAAUCUCCCAGUUUUUUCAAUAUUCCAACGCAUUGACUAGCAAAACAUUCGGUAAAAUGUCAAGCAGGUCGACCUGCUGUCCCUCCGUGCCCACCUCCCCCUGAAAUGUGGCCAUCGCCAGCGCUACCAACCUCUUAACCCAAAGGACUGCCAUUUCUUCUUGCACAUUCAUAGAUGUUUUGAAAGAUUGUGAAUAAGUCAUAUUGACCUAACUGUGAAAACCUCGGCGCCUCGGUGGGAUUCGAACCCACGCAGUAAGGGGGAAGGCUUUAGUACAGCCAACGCUCUAACCACCUGAGCUACGAGGCCCUGCCGGACGACGCGCGUUUAAUCACAUUUGGGUCAAGUUACCCGCCCAACCUACUGCAACGUCUAGAAUCCACCAAAUCGGAUACAGUAAGUUGACUGUCCAAGCAGGACAGGCAGACCAGGCGGGGCCUCAUAGCUCAGGUAGUUAGAGCGCUGGCUGUACUAAAGCCUUCCCCUUGCUAUCGUGGCUUCGAAUCCCACCAAGACGCCGAGUUUUCCACAGUUGGGUCAAUCUGAAUUCUUUCAUAAUGUCAAGAAAAUUAACCCCACGUCAUUCCCCUUUUCACUAAAUUACCGCUUGUUCUCUCAACCAUCCAAAGAGUCGCACCAAGCUGCGUAGUCUCGAUUGCGGAUGGCUGAAACGUUAUAUUUACUUUUGCUGGCUUCUACAGUCUUAACAUCUUGCUAUGUACACAUUCAGCGGUUUCGACUUCUUUCACUUUGCACAGCCCAAUUCCAGUUUCCUUCCUCGGAGGGCCGACAGCACCGUGGAACAGGAUUCCCGCUUGUUGUCUGCGAAUGCUGUAAGCGCAUAUGCGCGCAUGCUGCACACCUUUGCCCCUUCUGGGGGCGCGAACGUUCAGCAUGAGUUCGUUACCAGCUCUAUCUGCCCUACGAAUGCACUUGUAAUUGCAAUGUUUGCUCACCUACUUUUCAUCCCCUCUGCUCAUUUACCUGUUUUUGUGAAAGUUUCUCUGACGUUAAUUGCUCAGAAAUAGAACACGCACUUCGUAAGGCAUAUGCAAAUUUGCCCGCUGCUCUGGAAACACCACCUAGCUCUCCCGACAAAGUAGUGGGACCUGAGUCUAAGACAAUGAUUAAAAUUAGGACCUAAUCCGUCUGUUCGGGACCAUUAUAGCUUUCAUACUGCGAAUCAAACGCCAAAUGUUGUCAUUCAUAGUGCCUGCAAGGUGUUCGCAGUUAGUAGCUGUCAUAUUGACAUAAAGCGUCCUACUCCGCCCACGGAGGUCGAUGGCUUUCUUCUUCAGCAAAAAGCCGAUUUGUGCAAGGAUUGGACUGGGGCUAGGAGAUGUUACACAAUAUAGUACUCACGCCCUCUAUUCCCAACUCCAUCGCACUGGAACUGUCUCAGUGAAUUACUGCUCUCUGUACUUUGGAUAAGAAAAUGUUCGCCUUCGCGACCGUCAGAAAUCCUGCUUUUACAUCGUCUGGACUGAGCGAAUCUGAGAGGAAGCAUUUUCAGAACAGUCCCCGAAUCAAAUUGCAAACACCGUGCCGCAGUCGUUGCACAUAACGCAGAAUCGCGAAGUCACAGAUGAAGGCCGGGUGCCCAAAGAAACUAAAUUAAAACCGCGGAAGAGUACGCGCACGUGUCUGGAUUAUCCAUGAUACUUUCUAUGGAGCCGAGUCUCUAAAUUGAGUCAGAAAUCUACAAUGGUGAAAACACUCACUCAUAAGACAUACCCUCGCAUGCUCACUGCAGCCCGAACCUCGUCAAACAAGGUAGCACCUCAUGGAGUCCGAUGAGGGACACUAAUUUUUUGUAAACCUGAUUUAUACUAAAAACCUGUCGCAGCAUUCGCCGCAAUUUCACAAAUUUAAUCUGGCUUACCUAGAAGACCUAAACUAUGAUGGCGGAGGUUGAGAUGUAUCUUUUGAAACUUGGCCAACAACUGCCUUCAUGGGAAAGCCAAUUCCAUUUUCAUAUUAUUCAUCAGUCACAACUGCCGAACACAGGCUGAAACAUCCAUCCAAUAUCUGCAUGCUUUUGUAGAUGAGAUUCUCACCUACCAUGUAGGUUGGCAGCCCACAGGUUGUCCGCCCACAUUCCGAACGAAGAACUGCCGGUAGGCCUGAGUCAGUGGAAUCAUUUGUUCCCUGGGUUGAAAACUAUCAGAGUCGUGUCCUCUAAGGCGCCGUAAUACUCUAACCUCUGUGAUUCAGCCAGAAGUUGAAGUAAGUAGACAAAACAAAGGCUUAGACUUUAAAAUAUGUGACUGCGCAAGAACUGUCGUGAACUUCACCCCAUAAGCACAAGAAACUAAUCCAUUUGAGCACGGCUAACACCACAUCUAGAAGGAAGUUUUGCAAGCCGAGGCUUGGCUGUAACUAAUAACCAGUCAAUCACACUAGCUGUCUGUCAGUCAAGAAACAAAUGUUAUGCAAGUCUCCCACUGACAAGAUGUGGUUGCAGGCAAGGAAGGCGUCGUCAUAUGCGUCUAGUGCGUCUGUUCUAAUAUGCAUGUGCAAAUCAGAGCAAUUUUCACAUUUUAUCACAGUUUGUUCAUGCACAGUCAAAGCGGCCAAAAGGUCACAGUUUUUUGCUACCAGCAGUUUUCAUGCAUUACACUACAAUAUUAAGUUCGAUAAAAUAAAAGGUUACAAACAGUGCAAAAGAAGACUUGAAUUGCCAUUUAUGGUUUGUUCCUCAAAAUCGGAAAUUCGACCUGUUCUUGUAAGCUGAAAAUGGAAAAUUUUUAAUUUAGCCGCCUCAUCAUGUGAGUUACGGGUCCGUGUCCUCUUGACCGAAAUGGGACAUAUUCAGAGUCACAUGCAAGUGAUGUGCACUGUUCUAUUUGGCUUGAGGAAUCAAAUACGAGCCAUUACGCGUAUCAUCUUAGCGUCAGUCUGCGAUUGGAGUAUGCCGGUAUGAUGACGAAACAUAAACCGGAAAUGCUCAUCCCAUACUCUGUUUUCUCUGUCAGUAGAGCUACUUGGUGAAACAGCGUUUGCUGCUGUGUGCCCUCUCUAAGACUUCAAAUAGAAAUUCACUUGUUUUCCUUCCCGCGAUCCGAGUAUAUCUGCGAACGCACACCUAUGGCACACAAAAACUUGGCCCAUCACCGCAACUUUCUCCGCCAUAGAUGACCGGCAUGGCGUGUAAUGAGCCAUGGUCAACAACACACAAUCGUAAUAAUUCAAUAGGCAGCAUGGGAUCAAUUAGGCUGUUUUUUACAUUGUUCGAAACAAUUUGCGUUUUAUGUGCACAAAGCAUGCCGGUUGCAGUUGCAUUCUUCUGCAGGUCCCGCUCGUCUGAGUCUUGUGCAUGAACUAUCCGUCGCCAAAUCGGCUGACAAUGAAGUCAACGACUUUCUGUUCGCAGACUCCUUUUGGUGCAAGAAAGGCUGAUCUGCUCAGCAAUCUACCUCUAGACUACCAGAAGGUAGGUAUUGUUGAUGAAGCUACCGUUCAAUGUAUAUAUAAUAAAAACACAGGCUCUAAUUCCAAUAUGUCGACCUCUUGAACUUCGUGACUUCCUGUAAGACGCCUGCAUACGAAGAGCAUCUCACUUUACAAACCUAAAAGUGUCACUACAAGUUACUGUACUCGCUCUCUCAUAGUCAGAAAGGUGUCAAUUAAUUUCGCAACAGAACGGUCGUGUUCUUCAUUUAGGUAAAGGGGGCACAAAUCCCCCAGGGGUAAGUUGAAAACUAUUAAGAUUUUUCCGUCAGUGACAAGAAAUCGGAAACACUUGCGAGGCCAUAGAGAGAAAGACGGUUUCUGCGACUCCUUAAGCCGUUCUGUAGGUCAGUUCACGCGGGCAGCAGAUAGAUAUGUCAAUACACCGCGGGCUUUUGCUUGAUUUGCUCUUUAUUUUUGGCCGACAAGUGAUCACUCCUUCCCACCAAAGCUAUUUUAUUUCCUGUUGGGCUUAAAAUAACCCGCAGUUUAUGACUAAGAAGUACCGUAGCUCACGCAUCCAGGUUCAGUUAUGGGGACAUCAAAAUCAAAUAAAUUUCCUAUGUGCAUAAUCCCCCACCAGAGCAUGCCCCUCGACUGGGACGGGCAGAGUGUCCAUUUUGUUUGUUUUUCUGUCAGACGAACGCAGUAAAAAGACCAAAUAAUUUAAGAAAUGUUUUGAAUAUUCACAUUCCCUUAACCCAUAUGAAAAUGUAUGCUCUGUUCAUCUAUCUGAGAGUGAAGUUUUUAUUGCAACAAAGGCGAAUUUAUCGUAUGUUCCAAAAAUACGUCACCAGCUUUUCUCUACAACUUUCCUAUUUCGCGGGGAAAACAUGGAAUCAGUGAGAGCUGUGAGGGGCAGGAAGUUCAGCUGGCCCUCUGAAACUGCGAGAAGAGGCAACUUUCCGUUUAUCUGACGCUUUCAACCAAAUAGUUUGUUUCGAUGCAGUGACAAACCCACUGCUGAUCGGCAUAAAAUUCAAGGGACGCGGACGCCAAGGAACCACGAUAUCGAACAACCUCCGCAGAUGCCAAAUCGCCCCCGAUCAAUGCGAUUAUUUGUAAGGCUGAGGCAGCGGAAGGAGAAAGUUGAUUAGUUCAAGAUCGUUUUGCUCGACAAGUCGUUCGAAUUCCUGUUCGAUUUUGCGCCUUAACACUGGGAGCCGACCAAACUUUCCAAAACCAGAGCAGUUUAAUUAUUUUGUCCCGGUGAUAAAUUUCUCCUCAAAUUAACAUCAUUUGUUUGGACAGCCAAAUUGCUCCGGCUCGCAAAAUUGCCUUACUUGAAUUACUUUUUGGUUUUUGUUGGGCCCUUUCGCUCUCUCAUCGAAUAAUAUAUUGAAUCAGACGUCUUCCAGAAAUCUGACAACAAUUUAUCAGGCUACUCGCGACUUGGCUGGUUUUAUUCACUUUGAAAACUGCCUCGGAUUUUAGAUUUGAAACUCUUGAUGUGUAGGAAUCCUUGUUUGCUAAUAAUUAACCUUUUUUCGACACUUUGGUUCACCAUAGCUGCGCGAAGCUUUCCUUGAACAACGACGGGAGAUCCAACGGCUGCGCAAGGAGUUAGCUGAAAAAACUCGACUGAUAGCGGACCUCCAACGAGACAUCCGUCUUUAUGAGCCGUGGCGCUGA